AUGAGGGGGAGAAGAGGAAGGCCGCCCAAACAAGCUGCUGCGAUGCGGGAAGGUUCACCCGGGCCAGUCCGCGGCUCUCGAGGCGGCAGGAGUAGAGGGAUGCGUGGACGGGGAAGAGGCAGAGGACGGGGUCGUGGACGGGGAGGAAGUGUCGGGGUGGUCGUCUCUGGCUCGACAGAGGUGGAUACAGAAAUCUCCGGCCGAGAGAACUUUCAUUCGUCCCGGGGCCGCAGGAAAGUUGGAGCCUCUAGCGCGGCGGCGGCGGCGGCCGUGGCAUCGCGGGGCAGAGGAGGCAGAGGGAGAGGCAGGGGGUCGAGAGGCGGCCGCGGCAGCAGAGGCGGAGUGAGGCGGCCUCAAACCAAGGUGGUCUACGACGACAACAGCGACGAGGAGGAUAAUUUAAGCUACAGGUCAGAUGAAGACGAACUCCUGAACGAUAACCCGUCGGAUCUGGAAGAAGAUGAGGCCUUGGGAAACGACUCCGACUAUCUGGAGGAACUACCAGAUGAUGAUGAUGCCAGCUACUGUACCGAGAGUAGUUUUAGGAGCCACAGCACGCUCGGUAGCACUCCAGGUACGGUCGUUUGCAAACGUGCACGCACUAUAUGAAAGCAGGUGUGAAUUACUUUAAGCGUGCACUGUAUUUUUAGCUCAGAAGAGAAACCAAGCGGCAUUGUUCAAAAUGGAGCUUGCACUGAGAAACAGGCCUUUGUUUACCGUGUGCUCUGCUCGCCGCUGGCUUGCAGACCUGCUCCACGCUUCAUCCCGCUCUCAUGUGUUUGAUUCUUGUCAGAUCAGCACAUUUUUUGUUGUCAAUUUUACAUUCGGGCUAUUUUGUUGGUCUUUUUUGAUUCUUUACGAGUAUAACGUGUUUCCAUUUUCUCUGAAUUUACUGUAUAGACACUUUGACACCUUCAGUCGGUUUCAUUCAUUCAGAACAUGCACAAAUGUUUAAACACACUCCAAAUAUGUAAACAAAGCUCCAUCAAAACACGUGCUUUGUUUAUAUUAUUCAAUAGGCCUUUGGUUAGUGGUUCACUUUUCCCCCUUAAGCUGCAAAUUAAAAAAAAAAGUUUUAGCUGCAGAAUUAUGAAGUUACACUUUUAAUCACAUUCAUUUCUAUAUCUUCUUGGCUUGUCCAACUAAAUUUGUAAAAUAAUUGUAAGUUUCUUGAUGCAAUUCAAUGACUUUGGUGAGAAUUUGGACACAAGAAAAGCACUCAUUUUUUGAUUGUAGUCACUUUAAAAGUAGUUCCAAUAUUGUGUGAUGUUCUGUUGCCAUGGUAACCACUCCUGUGUUAUCAGGUGAGUAAAUUAGACUACCCCCACUUAAAUACAAUUAUAGUCAUUGAGUUUUGUCUGUUAAAGCUAAAACUUUUCUGCUGAAGAGAAAUAUCGACUCUCUAAAAGGAGCCUCUUUUUUCAUCAGUGAUAUUUUUUUAAUAUUCAGGUUUCCUACGCAAGUAUGGACAUUAAUUUGAUCAAUUUCCAGGUCUUAGAAAGUAUGGAAAAUGAAAACUUAAGUAUGGAAAAAUAUUUAUGUUUCCAGACUAUUACCGCAGUUCUAAAAUGCUUGUUUUUUCUAAAACAGAAAAGUAGGUAUUUCCAAAAAUAAUUCUAAAAAGUACGGUAUAGAAAAGUAUGGAAAUUCCACCUGUGUAGGAACCCUGUAUAGAGUCCUUUCAAUCUGAAGCAUCUUGGUAAUCUAUUUCUGUUCUCCACAGGAGCAAACACUGUCACAGUGACUUUUUUUAAAAUAAGAAAAAACAUCUUUUUACGGAGGACAUCAACUUUCAGGCCAUGAAUUAAAACCAACGAAAUUAUAAGAAUUUAAUUUUCUACCAUUUGUACUAAUAACAGAAAUAGUGUUUAUUACAUUUUCUUGCCCCUAUGUCUCAGUUGGACCUUUUGCUUAUCUUGUUUGAUUUAUUAUUUUACAGACCAAAAAUAUUCUUUUGGGGAGAACAUUGCUCUGAACAGCUUUUCAUGAUAUAGUCUUGUAGCUGGUUUAAAGCCUACCCACAAACUGGUUAAUUUGCACUGACCAGGCCGCCAGUUUUCCCAGACAUAUGUACCUGGAUGUUUUGUACAGCAGAGUGUGAUUGGGUCAUUUAUAAAACCAUGGUUACACAUGGACAUAACAAGGUCUGUUGCUGUCAUAGACAUUUGAGAUAAUAUUCUCUACAUGUUUCAUCACAUUCCCUCCUUCAAAGCUGAAUAAUAAUGGCUGGCGGUCAACUCCUAAACGCUCUCUUUGUCACCAUUUUUGAAGCAGCUGGUUCUGUUGGUGUUUUCCUGUCGCUGUCUCUCUGUUUACACAUCGAUGAUGAAUCCCAGAUUCAUAUCACUGUAGUGUUCGGAUGCAGCGUCACAGACAGCAGUGAUGAAGUGACACAGUUUUGGGGAUUUCAUGCAGCUCUUUACUCACUGUAGUAAUGUUAUAAAGGUCAUAAAUCAAUAUCAAACAGCUCUCCUGGCCCAUUCAUAACCAUCACAUAUGAAAAUUUGAUUCCACGCUACAGUACGCAAAGACAAACAAAAGAUAAUAUGUAACCUGCAUUUGCACACAGCAGUUAUAGGCAGGCUUAUGAAUCUAACAUCAACAUGUAUUAAAUCAUCUUUGGACAUGAAGUGAUUUUCCAAAUAGUGACACCUUUGAAAUGUAGUCGAUAAAGUAUAAAAAAAUGAAGCAGAAUUUUGUUUUUGUACUUUUGUUAGGAAAAAACCUGUGGGGCUUAGAGAUGUAGGGCAAGGAGAGAAAUAAAGGCACCUUGAGAUUACUCUUAAACAAGGCGUUGUUGCUGCAAGCAUUGUAUUAUUGCAGAAUUUGAAGAGUUCAGUCCACAGGAGCUAGGGUAUCCAAAGGAUGCUGGUAGCUUUAGGGUAUUCUGUUGCACAGAUUGAUGGUAAAAAUGAAAUGCAGCUCGGGUACUUUUGGUUCACAGUUCAUCUUAUAAAAUGCACGGCGCUUGAACAUAAUGUGGUGACUCAGAGAAACAAUGGGUUGUCUGUUCUGGUUUUCCUAUUUUGCAGACAUCAGUUUUCUGUGCAAAUACCUGAAUUUCAAAUACUGCUGUUGUCACUACUGUCAAACACUAUGUAGACGGGGCUUGAUGUAUUAAUGUUUUUUUGUGGAUCACAGGCAGGUUUGCUCUUCAUCUUUUUUUGUUUCGUCUGUCAUUCUUCCUCUAUCUCAUGGCUCCUUUUAUUUUCUCCUCACAGGCAGGAGAAGAAGCAGGGCUAUUCGACCAAGAUCUCCCAUCCUUGAGGCAAAAGACAUUCCUCCCCUGGAGCUUCCUAAAUCCUCAGAGGACCUCCUGGUUUCUACCUCACAGCUCCUCAAUGUGUCUGCCGUGUAUGAAGUCCUCCGCAACUUUGGCACAGUUCUGCGGCUCUCCCCAUUCCGCUUUGAGGACUUCUGUGCAGCAUUAGCCAGCCAGGAGCAGUGCACGCUUCUGGCAGAGACCCACAUCUCCUUGCUCAAAGCUAUUCUCAGAGAGGAGGACACGUCUAACACCACAUUUGGUCCCACUGACGUGAAGGACUCUGUCAACUCCACUCUUUAUUUUGUGGAUGGUAUGACCUGGCCUGAAGUGGUGCGGGCGUACUGUGAGAGCGACCCGGAGUACCGCCACAUUCUGCCUUUCCAAGAGGGUGAGGAUUACCCGUAUGAACCUUUAGAGAGCAAAAUCAAAGUUCUCCAGUUUUUGGUGGACCAGUUUCUGGCGACUAACAUUGCCCGGGAGGAGCUCAUGUCGGAAGGUGUGGUUGCCUACGACGACCACUGCAGGGUAUGCCAUCGCCUUGGUGACCUGCUGUGCUGUGAGACAUGUUCAGCGGUUUACCAUCUGGAGUGUGUGAAGCCGCCUUUGCAGGAAGUGCCCGAGGACGAGUGGCAGUGCGAAGUGUGUGUGGCACACAAGGUUCCCGGUGUGGCAGAUUGCAUCCCCGAAGUGCAGAGGAGCAAACCGUUUAUUCGACAACUGCCAGUCGGCUUUGACCGACACCACCGCAAGUACUGGUUCCUAAACCGCCGCGUUGUAGUGUAAGUGCAACAUGUUUUUAUGCAGCAAGUGACUGUAGAGGUGACAGAAUAAGCAACUUCAUGUUAUGCAUGUCCAGAUUGUUUGUUCAAAAAAAUAUCUGCCCAAUAUGCCGAAAUGUGCAAAUAUUGAAGAGAGAGGUUUCCCAUUCACAACUAUGAGCAGAUUUUCCCCCCCAAGAGUAGUCGUCACAGCAAGAGCAUUUUUAAAUGACACUAUUAAUACACAGGACAAACUCAAAGUUAUCCAAAUGUCCUUUAUUGUUUAUAGUCAAAAAAAGUAAAGCCAUAGACACAACAUGGUUUUGAAAGUUGUCACACCACUGGCAGUCAUAACAAGUUUUCAAGUGCUCACAGUUGUCAAAUAUAAAGUGUGCGCUUAUUAAACAUGAGUAAGUAAGUAGGAACCGUAUGGCCAGUAUUCCCAUCAUUUCCAUUCUGUACCUUCACAUGAUAGAGUUGUGAUUGAGUUCUUCUCCUCAGAUGCAUUAAACACUGUAACAGGUCUGCAAAGAUCUGAUUGUGAGUGGACUGCUUUAUACUCUUGCAUCCAUGCUUAUAUCUGAGUAGGGCUGGGCGAUAUGGGGAAAAGUUUAUCACAGUAUAUUUUUUUCAUAUCAGUUGAUAUUGAUUUGUAUCACGAUAUAACAAAAUCAGUUAUCAAUCUUAAAUGUUCCCUGUCACAUUUAACAUGUACUCGACACAGUUUGCAGUGCACAUUACACUGCUUCAUGUCCGACCUCAAAAAACCAAAAUACCUCCACACCGCUGACAUUUUCGUGCCAGUGUUGCCGCCGAUUAUCAUCUGUUGAGCCUUCAUCUGCAUUUCUGCCAGGGAUUGCACUCAUUUUUCUCACCAACAGGGCUGUCAGCUUUGCGUGUUAAAAUGCUAUGGUUGCGUGUAGCUGCAGCCUGCUACUACACAGUUUUUUGCUACUUAGUUCUAAUUCAGCACAUGAUUGGUUCAGCGCGGCACAGACUCAGAGCAACUCCCCUUUUUAUUGGUUAUUCAUGUAGUCUGACAAAACAUGGCAGAAUGCCGGCUAUUGAAAAGCAUAUUGACCGUGUUUAAUAUCAAUAGAGAGGGAAAUUAGUUUUUUAAAUAUAUAUCAUUAUCGUUUUAUCGCCCAGCCCUAUAUCCGAGUAAGUAAUGUUACUCCUUUGACAGUAGAGAUUGUUGUUUUUUUCACUCAUGGCCCAUAACGCUGUCAUGGAUUUAUCCUGUUGCAUGACAAAGAGACACCAAGCUCGACAUCUGUUAUUCAAAGGCAAAGCUUCAAUACAACCUGUAAAAAAUUGUCAGUGACUUUGGAUUAAGUGUUUAUUUCUAAAGAGGUGUAUGCUCUUAAACUGGGAUUUAUUAAACUGGAGCUGUGACCCUGAGAAGUAGAGAAGAGGGAUCACGGUGUGUGAUCAGGAGAACUUCUUGACCCAUUCAUACUGACCGCAGCCAGAUUUAAAAGCAUAUUUUGGUUGUUGAGUUUCAAACACCGCCUCUGCAGAUGUGUUUAUUGAGAAGAGAGCAUGAUGUUCAUUGUUACAGACCGAAGCUGGAGUUAAAGUGAACAUAUUCCACAUGCUGCGUAUGCACUCUGGUCGUAACAACAGGGAUGUGUUAACAAUGAUACAUAUUUUUUCUGACACGUUUUUUUUUCAUCCAUGAGCUUUGGGGAUCUUUGCAGAUUGACAUUGUGGUUGAACCUGCUGUUUAACAAACCAAAAAGAACUACAACUGCCCGUAAGAUUAACACUCCCUGACUGUCAGCAGUAUUGGUUCCAUACUGUUAAGAAUUAUCUCAGUUUGGUAUGGUCACAGAUGGCGUGUGUGCUGGGUCAGCAGCAGCAGAAGGCCUGCUUCAUAAAGCAUAGAGAAGCAUGGAUCACUUGAACUAUGUAAGAUUUAAGAGGGUUGGUGGCCCCGUUUUUGUUGUGGCUGCAUUUCUCUCUCUCUCUUCCUCUCUCUCUCACUCUCUCCUGCUUCAUUCUCCUCUCCAGUUUAGCCCCCAGCAGGUGCUGUGUUACUGAUCUUCACUCUCCCUUCAGAGGGGAGAGUGUGUGCACAUGUGUGUGUGUCUACAAGUAGUGUGCACAGAGGAAAGUUUGUGUUAGUGGAUGUAAGUGCCUACGUGCAAUGAAUGAUGUGCACAGCAUUUAAGGUGUGUGUGUGUGUGUGUGUGGCACAUGUGCCUUUGGUGCAGGAUGCUGAAUAGACACUACUGUUUCAUUGCCUCGGGGUCCACAGUUCCCCUGCAUGGACCAUGUUACUGGCAAAUAGCGGUACUAAAGUCUACUCUGUAGCUGCGGCUACAAAAACUAAAGUGCCCCAAGUCAAUAUAUCUUAUUAUAGAGUCUUUUCAAUCUCAAGCAUCUUGGUACUCUAUUUCUGUUCUCCACAGGAGCAAACACUGUCACAGUGACUUUUUUUAAAAUGGGGAAAAAAAGAUCAUUUUACGUAUUACAUCAACUUUCUGUCUGCUAUUAUCUAGAAGACCAUGAAGUGAAACAAGGUUUAGAUUUGAGAUUUUUUUCAUCAGUGAUAUUUUAUUGUUAUUCAGGGUUCCUACGCAAGUACGGAACUAAAUGUGAUCAAUUUCCAGGUCUUAGAAAUGAUGGAAAAUGAAAAAUAAAGUAUGGAAAAAUAUGUAUGUUGCCAGACUAUUACCACAGUUCUAAAAUGCUGUUUUCUAAAAUAGAAAAGUAGGUAUUUCCAAAAACAGUUCUAAAAAGUAGAGUAUAGAAAAGUAUGGAAAUUCCACCUGUGUAGGAACCCUGUAUAGAGUCCUUUCAAUCUGAAGCAUCUUGGUAAUCUAUUUCUGUUCUCCACAGGAGCAAACACUGUUACAGUGAGAAAAAAGAUCUUUUUACGGAGAACAUCAACUUUCAGAUUUUAUCUAGAAGACCAUGAAUUGAAACCAGGCUUAGAUUUGAGAUUUUUGUUAUCAGUGACAUUUUAUUGUUAUUGUUACCAAACAGUAUGUGUACAUACACAUAUAUUUCCCCACUUAUUCACAAACUAUCUGUUGAGAUUUUUUGCUGUACAAAGUAUUCCAUUCACACCUGUUGCAGGCUAUUAAUAAAAUAGCUUUGAAUAAUUCAUCUCUUUAGCACCGUGAACAGCCUACCUGAGGGCAGUUGUGGCUCAGUGCUAAAGUUAGAAGGCACGGCGAAGGUGUGUGUGUGUGUGUGAAGGUGUGAAUGCAACGUGUUGUGAAAGAACCCUUCGAAAUCUCUGCAGAAGCGCAGUUUACCGUUUACCUUUCAAAGAUGCAGCCACUUGGGUGACGCAUGUUUGAAAAAGAGAACCGAUAAAAACACUUAUCCUCUACUGUUGCCAUGACACCUUGGAGAGUCAAGUCUAACCUAUGACUAUAGAACCUGAACAUGUAUAAUUGAUCCGUGCGGUGUUAAGUUCCCUGUGCAGGCUUCAGCCCCUGUUUAUGAAGCUUUCUCAUACAUGUAUUUGUCAGAGAUGCAACAAAAUCAAAGUGAUGCAUGUUUAAGAUUUUGGCAGAGAGCUAAUCUGCUGUCUCUUACUUACUCAGUGACAGAUGAUCAAAUAGCAUCAGUGCACACAGUAUACAAAAAGCAAGCAAACGUACAGCAUGUAUUUUCAACUUUCAUCCUCUUCAUUUUCUCUGUUUGUCCUGCCCUUUACUGUAAAGUCUCCUAAUUCCUUUUCCUGCUGUCUCCUCUCUCAUGUCUCCCCUGCAGUGAGGAGGAUGGCGAGCAAGAGGACAAAACCAUCUGGUACUACAGCACCAAGGUAAAUGCAACUGUUUUUUCACGAGACGUGUGUAAUUCUCCCUAAUUGUGCAGAGCAAUCCUGCUUUCUUUUAAUUAACUUUCUCUGUUAUAUAGCAGAGAAGAAGCUUUGUUAUAUUGAGUUUAUUUUGCCUUUUACACAUUGCACUCUUUGCUGGGACUUUGCUCUUUACAGGUCCAGCUAGCUGAGCUCAUAGACUGUUUGGAUAAGGAGUACUGGGAGGCCGACCUGUAUGCAGCGCUCGAGGAGAUAAGGGACGAGGUGCAUGCACAUAUGGACAUCACCGAGGACCUGACCAACAAGGCGCGUGGCAGCAACAAGUGUUACUUCACUGCUGCCAAUGGUAAAGGGCGCUCCUGUUUUUUUGUUCUUUCUUUGGCGAGUUAAACCAACUUAAAGAGAGUGAGGGGAUUUCUGUAGCUGUUAAGUUCUCACUGGCUCAGGCAGAAAGUUUUCUUCAAGCCCUGAUCUCCUUUUUUGUCUCUUCCCUUCCACUCCCCUGCCUGCAUUCACAUUCAUACUCAUAAAUGCCACCCAAUCAUAAAUGGCUGGGCCUGUAGGAAUCAACCCAACAAUUAUGUAACCUUACUCUGGUCCCAGUUUGGCCAGUAUCCAGCCCAUGAGUUUCCCUUUAGUGCCUCACCCGUCCUAACUGUCUGCAGGCUGUUUCGCUGAUUCUUUGUCUGCUCCUGGCUUGUUGUGUCAUUGGGAAUUUUGGCACUUGUGAAAAUUAAAGGGAUAUUCCAGCGUAAAUUUAAGUUAUGGUCAAACACACCGAAACACAGAGUUAGACACCCCCUCGAGAGAUGAUUGUUGCAGACUUCUUGCUUCUCUAGUCAUACCAACUUCAGCAAAGACCGGACGAUAGCAAUACACAACGCUCUACAUCUCCACGAGCAAACAUCAACCAAAAAGCCACUCUACAGCCACAAAUAAUGCUCAGAACAGAACCUAACUUCAUCAACAGUACAUACAGGGUCCUAGCCAUAGCACUAGCCAUCAAACGUAUUUUUAGCUCUGGCUGGUUUGUUUUAGCAAAGAGACUAAAAACAACUCACCUAGUCUCCUCCAGCAGCUGCUUGUUUGUGGGGGGAGCCCUGACUAGUUGAUCCCCGAGUGCAGUGGAGUUUCGCCGCUCAAGGAAGAACAUUUAUGAUUAUUACUUCAUGGAAAUACAAUCAGACCGAGACGCUUAGGCAGAAGAACUACCGCGUCUGCAGUGCAAAAUUAUCAUUAAGAUGAUUAUUACUUUAAGGAAAUGAUCUGCUGCACUCAGUGAUCGACUCGUUAGGGCUUCCGCCACAAACAAGAGGCUGCUGGAAGAGAGUGGGUGGGUUGUGUUUAUUCUCUUUGCUAAAGAAACCAGGCAAAGCUAAAAAGAUGUUUGAUGGCUAGUUCUAUGGCUCGGACCCUAUAUGUACUGUUGAUGAAGUUAGGUGUUGUUCUGAGCAUUAUUUGUGGCUAUAGAGUGGCGUUUUGGUUGAGGUUUGCACAUGGAGACGUAGAGCGCUGUGUAUUGCUAUCGUGCGGUCUUUACUAAAGUUGGUAUAACUAGAGAAACAAGCAGUCAGCAGCAUUCAUCUCUCGAGGGGUGUCUUACUCAGUGUUACUGUGUGUUUGACCCUAAAUUAAUUAUACACCGAAAUAUCCCUUUAAGUUCUGUUAGAUGUUUUGGGAGGUAGUGUUACACUGUGAGCGGUUCUGCUGUUCAGGGUUUGAUGCAAGAGCAUUGGUGGAAACUCUUUGAGUAAGCACAAAGAAGUAGAUGAUUCAGACAUAAAAUAAUGCUGCUUGAAAGAAUAAAUGCAGCUUUACUCAAGCUUUUCAAGGCUGAAGCUGCAGUAUAAUUAUUUUACUUAGUAGUACACUUCUCAUUGAAGAUACACAGAUAAUGAAUUGAUUGAAAAGGUUUCAAUAAGGCAAAGAAAAAAGCUUUGAAAAUUCUCCUCAUUGUUGCAUGGCUUAUUGUAGUGAGUAAAGUAAAGAGUUUAUUUCUCAUUUCUUUAUUUUCUCAGCGCUGAAAAGUAAGCAGAUAAUACUCAUUUUUGUAGCCAAGCCUUUCUCCGCUAGGUUGAAUUGUUGAAUGCAUUUGUCACUGAUAUCCACAAGAUCUCAUUCAAGACUACUUUGUAUCAGCUAAACCAAUUUGAGCUCACAAUUAUUUCCAUUUCUUCAAUAUUUUUCCUCCAUCCAGAGGAGAUCUUGGAGCGUUUGCGGGCAAAGAAGGAGGAGGAGCUAGAGGAGGUGAAGAGAAGGGCCGCCGAGGAGGCUGCGAAAGCACGGCUGGAGAAGGAGAAGAAAGAGGAAAAUGUGGAGAGGGAGGACGAAGAGGCCAAGUUUAAGGACGAGGGGCAGCAGCAGGAUGGCAAAGCGCUGACCAAGGAAGAAGAGGAGACAAAAGAAGAGGCCUGGGAAGAGAAAAGCGAUGGCAUCAAAGCUGGAGGUAAAUAAAACGGGGUUUAUAUUUCACCAAGCACUCCAGAAAUCACAGCAAAAUGUGUAAUUAAAGCAAAGAUUAUAAUGAUUAAAGAAUAACCACCUAAACAGCGAUGUCUUUGGAUUUGAGUAGCUGCACUCUACUCGGUUCUUGAGCCUCCGAACAAAAGGAACAUCAUCACUGAGGUUUAAUUAGUCAUUGAUUUAAGAAUCAAUUCUGCACUUAUUUGGCUUGUAGAGCAAUUUGAAAUGCUCUUUGCGUUUCUCGGGGCUCAAAUCACAAAAUUGGCACUCACCAAGUACUUGUUAAUUAAAAUCUUUGUCUUGCUGGAUAUGCAUUAUUGAUCGCAAUAAAGAGGCCUAUACACAGAAUGAUAAUAAAUCAAACAGAGUUGUUUCUAAUGAUAGGUUGUCUCCUCUAUAAAUGAUUACACACAUCUUUAAAGCAAGUUAAAAUCAUCCCAGAGGUUUAGAUACAUUGUAAAGAAAUGUUUCCCCUCGGUUAAGAAUUUACUUGUGGUGGUGGGCCGGGCGGUGCAGGGCGGUGCCGUGGUGUUUGAUGAGUGCUUUCAAAAUAAUCUAGUCAAACUAAAUUUAUGAACUACGUGUUUUUUAUUGCGCUUAAAGGGCUCCAGACUAACUUGUUUUGCUAAGAGGUCAGUAACCCCUAACUAAAAAUUUUAGGAGCACAAGCAGAAAAUUUCGGGGUGCACGCUGUAAGGCAAAUAAUUCACAUUUCCUUUCAUUUUCGCUGUAUUACUUAUAAAUAGGUAAUAAAUGUAAAAGUUACAAUUUGCUGUUUUAAAUUCAGUGUCACAUUUUAUUGUGCAUUUUUAUUUUUAAAGAUGCAAAAUAAACAUAAAACAAAAGGUAGACAGUACGCUAUCAUUACACUGACCAAUGAGAAGUUUUUUUUGCGCAUGGCAUUUUUUUUUUUACAACUUUAGACUACUACAGACUGUUGCUUUGUUUACAAACAACCCAAAGGAAAAAAUAACUUAAAGAAGAAAAAGUCACAGUCAGUCUCUUGAGACAUAACCAGUGGUACAAUAACAGAAACUGUAUGAGAAAGAAAACAGUGUAUAAUCAAAGAUAAGUUAGUGUAGCCGGAGCGCAACAGUUUAUCCACCAGUGUACCGUGCGCUGCGCCGCUUUUGUUUGCUCAAAAAAAACGAAGCGCAAAGCCGGAGCGCAACAGUUUCAGUGCGCGUCCGUAUAUUCACCAGCGCGUCCUGCGCUGCGGCACGUUUGUCUGGAGGAAACCCUGCUGUCUGUAUGUCUGUAUGACCGCGUUUUUUUUUCUUUCUAAUUCUAUUUUUUUAAUCUUCUUCGGCGGGCCGCCCAAGUAAAGUCUGUGUAGGGGAAACACUAUAAAGGAUAUACACGUAGGUUUUUGACCACUUUUCAUAUUUCUGACAAAAAUCAUGACCGCUUCUCUCCAUUGUCAAUUUUUUGUGCACUAAUUACUAAAAUCAACAAUAUUUACAAAACUGCUGCUGUCCAUCUUCAGUUGUUGAAGCUUCAUCCACUAGCCAUGGAGGCAGUAGUGGCAGUGGCAUCUCAGACGGACUUUUGCCUCCAGAAAACUCUGCUCCACCGCAAACCAUCCCCUCUGCCUCGAACUAUAGACCAGCCCCUGAGGCUCCAAAGCCAAAGGUGUCAACCUUAGAGGCCCUGAUAGAGGGCUGUUCCCAUGUGGAAGUCUCUAACUGCACCAAAGGUACACAAGGACGCUAUCAGGUUGAAGUUGACCUCACUAAGCUGUCUCUGGAGAUCUGCUUUUGUUGCCACAGCCUGCAGCUGUUGUGUGAUGCAUCUCAAACCCCCAAACAUCACCUGUGGCUUGAACGUUCCACCACGUACCCUCUUUGUGAUGUUCCUCCUGAAUGUUUCCGGCCUGCAGCUUUGCAUGUGGCUCUCAUUCCAUCUGCCAGCUUUUGUGUUAAAUGAUACACUUUUUUCAUUUCUUGAAAAGUUGCCCCCAGCCUCUGAGCGGUUUCAGCUGUUGUGCACUUGAACUCCUAACUUGACUGCUGUCCUUCUAAUGCCCAUGCUGAUGGAUGGAGUUGUAGUCAGAUCGCAUUGUCAUUCCAGGCAAUGUGACUGAAACCAAGUGAAUGUGAAGCAGCAGUGCUGACGCUCUUUAAACAGCUUUUCUUCCGCUGGUUACUUGUAAGUGGAAGCUGUGGUCAGGAAGUUCUCUGUUUGGGUUACAAGGUCAAGUAUUCAUCCUUCAUUAUGACUACACGUGUGUUGCUAUUGCCUGCGUGAUUGUUGGAGCCUUGUCUUGCCUUACCUGGUUGCACAUCACUUUUAAUCGAGCCAUCCCUCCAGUUAAACUGCUCAUUUGGUGCAUGCAUUACACGAAAAUUGUCAGUAGAGGGGGCUACAGCCUAAACUAUUUCACAAGUAUCACUUCAUCAAGGCCAGGACUUCACUGAUGCUCAGCGUCUGUAUAAACGGUCACUGUUUUGUCUUUGGUGCUGCAUUUUUGUCUUGCUUUUCAAAGCUCUCUUUGUGACGUUUUGCCUUUGUUGCAGAAACCCCGUCAUCAGACUCUGUCCCUGCCAGCGAAGAUGGUAUCCCCAGCCUGAGCCAGCCGUCCCAGACCAUGGAGGAGAACAGCAACAGCAGCAUGGGAACCGGUGUCAAUCCCAGAGGACCUGAACCUCCAGACUUGGCUGACAAGUCCUCACAGUCAUCCAUGGCCAGCCUUGAUGACACAGGUCUGACGAAACAACACCUCCUCAUCACAUCUUGUCCUUUGUUGCAGCAAAUCUGCUUUUACACGAGUUAAUAUCAUAUUUUGCUCUGUUGAAACCUGUUUUCUCUUACUAAUUGUACAUUUAAGUUUAAGGGUAGUGGCAUGUUUAUUAGUUUUGUAACUCUAACUUUUGUCCUGCGUUACCAACAAAGAAAGGGGUUCUGAGAGGGAAAUCAAACGCUGGGAUUAUUGAAGGAUGCCAGCUCAAAUUUUAUCCACUUAAGCCAAAAAUUCUGGACCCAAGAACAAGCAAAUUAAAAGGCCAAAUACGAGAACUUUGAUUAUUCGGCACCUUGAUAUUGCUGAACCAAAUUGAUCAAAUCUCCUGAAACACACAACUCAAAAAUUUGUCUUUAACGUCGCUAAACAUACCAAAUAAUUCCCCCCAAACAAAACAAAAAAUGUCCCCAGGUAAUACCCAGUUGGGAGAGUUUUAUAAAUUAGAUCCAAAUCCCGGAAAGCCGUCCCCGGGAGCGAAUGUCCACAUAAAAGUAAUCCCCAAGAUACCAAAAAAAAGGAUUGAUCGAUCAACCAAAAAUCUCUGGUAUACCAGGCAGUCAAAAAUGAAAGAAAAAAAACAAAUCCGAAAAAUUUCAGAGUCCAAGGAGGACCAGGUUAUUUUCCCCCUUUAACCUUUAACCCACUUGUUGUUACGGGGGAUUAUUAACUGGGCACCAACAACCAAGAAAACAUCUUCCUUUUUUUUUCUUUUUAAUACAACUGCCAACCAGCUUAAUUUCAAUUUCCUAUGGUGACGCCAUCACAGUUUUCACAGUUAAGGACGCCAUCACAAUUAAGGAAAACAAACUAUACAAUUAUUUUUAUGAAAGAGCUGCCAAGUGGAUUUUACUCAAAAUUGUUUUAGUUCAAAAAGACUAAAAAAGCAAAAACAAAACUGCGAGAUAGCAGGACAACCUCAGUUGACUUAACUCUGCUUUGUGAUUCCAGGGGACAGUAAAGACUCCGCCAACGGUGACGCAACAAGUGCCAGCGGUAAGAAGUCUUCAGCUACCCGAAUGGUGACCCGGCUGAGGAACCCGGACAGCAAGCUCAGCCAGCUGAAGAACCAACAGGUGGCUGCCGCCGUUCAUGAAGCCAACAGAGGCUUCAGAGAGGGCAAAGAGGUGACAAGAACCAUAGUGGAUGAUAAGGAUUUUUAUGGGUUGGCCAGUGACUAAAAACUACGUUAACAAAGUCUAUCACAGUAUCUAAAGCAGAACAGGUCACUGAGGAUUAAACAAGGACUCUGAAGCCAUUAGGAAAGAACUUGGUCACCAUUACUCUUUUACACACUGCAAAUCCAGCGUCUUUAAGAGGAUUUGUUACUCUGUUUGACACAUUUCAUUGCAUUCUUGUUUAUUCUAAAUUGUCAUUGUCUUAAAAGCAGCAUUUCAAGAAAUGAAAUUACUCUUUCAUCUUCUUCUUCCUGUACAGGUAUUAGUCGUAAACGCACAGGGCGACAUCACCCGUGUCAGCACACGUAGCAGCAAAGACGUCGUGAUGAAGGGGACACUCAGCCAGUUCUUCAAGCUCGGCCAGGAGGGGAAAUUUCGCGUCUAUCACAACCAGUACAGUUCCAACGCUGUGGCUCUUAAUAAACACCAGCACAGAGAGGCAAGCCACACGCGAAACUUGUUUUCACUGUUUAAUUUUUUUUUCUUUACUAUAGCCUAGUAUUAAUUAUUUAUUGAUUUUUAUUUUCUUUCUUUCUUCUUUCUUUAUUUAAAUUUAUUUUUUAUUUUUUUAUUUUAAACAAGGACAUAUUCAUAGAAAAGACAGACAAAAACAGUUUACAUAUCUUGGAUAUAUAAAAAAAACCUUUCAUAUUAAGAAACUAUACAUCAACACAGAAACAGGCAAAGAAAAAUUAACAUAAAAAUACAUCUGUGGGUACAAAAAUUAGAGCAAGGAUUUAAAGAAAAAACCGAUAACUCUUCAUCCCUAACUUGUGUUGUUGCUAAUUUUUGCCAACUAUCUAGGUCUGGCUUUUUUUUUUGCUUUUUGUCAUAAUCUUAGGCAAGAAGUAGUGGUAAUAUAAGAAUAUAGCAAACAAUUCAAAUUAUCCUUUUGCUUUUUGAAAAUAACAAAUAUUUUCGAGAAGCACAAUGGUAUUUAACAACAUAUUAUUUUCUUCUUGUAAACCCCAGAUUAUAUUGAUAGGUGAUAGUGGUAAAUCAAGUCUUUGUUCAGAUAAUCAUACUCCCAAUUUACACCAAAAAACAAGAGUAAGAUUUCUUCGUCUUCUUCUUCAUAAUAUCUUCAUACUUUAUCAUCAGUCAUUUUCCAUAUUUUUAACAUUUUCCUCGUUGGUAAUAUCUUAUAGAAAACAAUUUAAAUAUUAAUUUUGUGUCAUGCCAGUAUUUGUUCCCCCCGAUAUUACAAAUACAUAUUGGCAGUUUUCUAACUGAACCAAAGACCACAUAUCGACUGAGCUGUUUAAUGUUGACAGUUAAAGUGUUUUUCGCUGAAACCUGCUUUCUUUGUCUUUAUUCAGGAUCACGACAAGAGGCGGCACCUCUCUCAUAAGUUCUGCAUGACACCAGCAGGGGAAUUUAAGUGGAACGGGUCCAUUUAUGGGUCCAAGGUUUUGACCAUCUCCACAUUGAGACUCACCAUCAUCCAACUGGAGAACAAUGUUCCCGCUCCGUUUAUGCAUCCCAACUGGGCCUCACAUAGGUACACUGUGAUAUUUACUUCAUGGAUUGAAAUUCUAAUGUUGCAUUGCUUGCAUUGUAAUUCAUAAUCAUAGAAAUGUUCGGUUUUGUGGGUUUGUUGGUUGUUUUUUAUUGAUUUUGGCAGUUAAUCAUGUUCCCAUGGAUGCCUUUCAGUCAAAGAUAAUUUCUUAAUUGUAAAACUAAACGGCGAACUAAAAGUUUUUGCUUGUUUUGCAGGACCAACUGGAUCAAAGCGGUUCAGAUGUGCAGUAAAGCUAGAGAAUUUGCACUUGCUCUGGCCAUCCUGGAGUGCGCCAUCAAACCUGUGGCUAUGCUGCCUGUCUGGAAGGACUCCCUGGGCCACACAAGGUACACACAUUGUACAGUAUACACUCAGUUUGUUCGGGUAUCUGUGCAGUGUGCAUACUGUAUCUGUAGAUCUGCAUAAACUGAUAUCAUUUUCAAAACACACACAUACACAAAAAACAGAUCUGGGAUUCCUCAAUUUAAAUGCAGCACAUUCAAAAGCAUCAAAAAGGUUAAAAAAAAAAACACUCAAACAAGCAUUUAGUGCAUGUUCACAGGGGACGUGUGGUCAGCAUAGCAGGCCGAAGAGAUCAUAACCAAAUCAGAUCAAAAGGCCCACCCGAGCUGUGAGGCAUAAUAUUUAUGCUUCAGGUCCACUACCAGUACCACCCACCUCUGCUGCUGCUACUACUGCUUCUACACCACAUCAGCCCUUCAAAGAGGAGAUUGUCCAACAUUUCAGAAGGCUGGGAGCACAACACCGUGUGUGUAUGUGCCUUCAGUGUGAGCGAUGGACGUCAGUAAAGUGUGUGUUUGUGUGGAUCUGUUUCAAAAGCAGCUCUUAUCUUCUCAUGUUGAAGUCGGAGUUUUAGUCAUACUUUACACCACAGAGGAAGCCUUUCAGUGGUUAUAAGAUACAUUUUAAUAUAGGCUUAAAUAAUGUGUGAGUUUAAUAAUUGCCUGAAACAUUAAGGUCUCUGUAGGUAAUGAUACCACAGUGGUUACUGUAUAAACACAAAACAUUGGACUGGGAUUGGAAAGCAGCUACAAUGUCAGUCACUUGUCCUGAUACAUGUUUGACCAUUUUAUAAACAUGUUUUCAGAUUAAACCGAAUGACGUCCAUGGAACGAGAGGAAAAGGAGAAAGUGAAGAAGAGGGAGAAGAAGCUGGAGGAUGAGGAGACGUUGCAACAGGCCACCUGGGUCAAAUACACCUUUCCAAUCAAACACCAGGUGGGUUGAGUAAAUACUUUCCUAUUUUGUCUUUCGUGUGAUUAUUUUAGAUCUUUAAUGUCUAUGUGUCUGACUGACUGACUGCAAGUGGCUUUUUUAAACUAGUUGGACUCUUCUCAUCCUUUCCUUGUUUUCCUAAUCCAAUCAUUACUCUCUUAUUUUACUUAAAGGUGUGGAAGCAGAAAGGAGAGGAGUAUCGUGUUACGGGCUACGGAGGCUGGAGCUGGAUCAGCAAGACUUACGUCCAGCGGUUUGUCCCCAGGCUCCCCGGAAACACCAACGCCAACUACCGCAAAGAACUAGAAGGUCUGGAGAGGGUGAAUGUGGGGCCCAAUAAUGUGCUUUUUGAUCGUCGCUAUUUGGCAUCAAUGUUUUUCCCUAAUUUGAGCUUGUUUGAUUCUGAUGGUAAAUUAGUAAUCUCAGAUAUAUCAUUGUGUGGCAAUCAAAGAACCAAAACUCUCUUUUGAGCUGUCAAAGACUCCAGUUUCAUCAAAUAUUAUGAAAGACUUUGAUUCAUUUUCCUGGGAAUAAUGAAAAAACCUCGAUAAAUCAAAAAUAUUUAGUAUAUUAUUACUGAAAGGGAAUGUUCCUACACCAGCAGCAACUGUCUGAAGCUCAAAGUUUUAUCAAACCAGGUUUUAACUCUCAUUUAUAUCCUAUGUCCCAAAGAUGCCAAACUUGGCAAGAAAUGCACCCUGCUUGACUUGAGCCGACGGCCCAGCAUAGCUGCACCAGACACUCAGGAAGCUCCCGUCAGUGAGGCAAAGGAUCAAGAACUCUCGAGCCUCUCUGAGCCUGCACCAGAUUGCAUGACGUCUGCUGAAGAUUUAGGAUUGAGCGAGAAGAUGGAAGAAGAAAAGAAAGAAGGGACAGGUGUAAAAGAGAAGUCUGAGAACUUGUCAGUAGACGAACAGUCCAGGAAGAUGGAGGUGGACCCGGCAGACCCACCGUCAGAAGAAGAAGAGCGAAGUAUGACAGUCUGACAGCACUUUUUACUCUCUUUAUUAAAACACAGAUUAGUUUUAGUAAAUUGAUUUGACAUGUUCUUUCCAGGGUCCAGUAUGGAGGAGGGAAAGACACCCGUGAAGGAGGAGAAUGCAGAGGAGCCUCCCAGACCCUUUAACUACGACGUAGUGGAUGUCAGCAAGGGCUUCCUCACCCGCAUUGCCUACAAGAAGAAGGUCAAGUCGUCCAAGCUGGACAGCCUGCUGGAGCGACGAGUGAAGCAGCACAUUAUUGAAGAAAAGCAGAGGCAGCAGGUGUCGGCCUCCAACCCUCUCACUCCUGCACCAGCUUCAUCCACUUCACCCCCAGCUCUGAGCACUCCAGUACGACCACGGUCGCCACUCAGGCCCCACAUUCUCACUCAGACACAACCUUUAUUGGGUGACUCUGUGAAAAUACCAGAGACAACAGAAACUCCAGGGUUGGGAGACGUUGGAGAGCGACUAGGAAGGGAGAGUCAGUCUGAACUCUCUAAAACUACUGAUGAGAAUGUCACUCCUCUUCCUCUUUUUCCCCCUCUCCCUUCUCCUACUCUGGGCUCCACACCAAAAGACAGUAGCAGUAAAGGUACAGGUGAACAUUCAGCUUCACCACAAACCACUUCCAUGCCUCAGGGAUUGGAGGCAGACUUAUUGGAAAGAACCAUGGGGCCAAAGGAAACAAAUUCAGACAGUUCAGGGCAAGAGGGGGGCAAAGCACCUGAUCUUCAACAAACAAACACAGGGGGGAUUCAAAGCUCUUUUGAGCUACAAACAGCCAAGGUAUCACUUGAUGAUACCAAGGCUGGGUAUGUUGAAAAUACAGGGUUAAAAUUGGACCCUGUAAGGACUUCCACAGGUGUUCCUGACCAAAAAAGCAGUCAAAACACAUCCCCCUCUAAAUUUAUUCAGCAAAACCCAGAAACACUCAGCUCGGUUCAUUUAUCGACAGAGAAAAAUGGCACAGGACCAGAGGACAACCAAGAAAACCUUGAAGGCAUGGGACAAGGUAAAAACGAAGGUGUCAGCACUCCCAAGCCUGCUUCUCCUCUCCCUCAGGUAAAUGGUAAUGACGGCUUGGGGAAUGAAAGCAUUAUGGGAAACUCUGUAGUAAGGGCAAAUAAUGGCGUGCUUACCAACAGUACACAACACAAGAUGAACAGUGCAGGUAAUGUAGAAGAACAAGGGAUGGUUGUCUCUUUAAAUGACACCACACAGAAGAAACCUUUAGUCAACGGGGACGUGGGCUGUUUGAAGGAUUGUACAGAUGUUGGUGCAAAGGCACUAAGCCCGGAGCGCAAGACAACGCUGUCAGAUCAGGACUACGAACCUCCAGUGAAGGUGAUAAGGCUGGAAAACAACAUAAACACACUGGGAGAAAAUACACAGAGCCCUCGACAACACAACAGCUCAUCCCCAUUCAAGUCAACAGAGACCAAACCCAGCUCUGCGGUCAAAAUCAUUCGAAUGGCUCCAUCUCCUAUUCCGUCAGCGGAGGAGGAGUCCAGUCUGAGCGACGACUUCAUAGAGGAGAAAAGUAACGGUGGGACCACAGAUCCCCUAAGAACAGUUGUAACCCAGGUAACAACAACGACUUCCACCACAACAACAGUCGUCUCCACGGAGACCAGGACGGCCAAAGUGCCGUCAGAUUCACCUGGAGGGGCGAGGACAACAGUAAGCAAUGCAGUGUCCACUCUUACAACCAUGACGAAAACAACAGUGACGAAAAUCUGUUCCUCUGACAGUCAGUCAGACGACAGCCAGAGUGAAAUGAUCAUGCAUGAACAGAAGCUCUCAGCCUCCAUCAGCAAGUCAAGCACUGACAUCAGGGGCGAAACCUCACUGUCAAACAUGGCUGUGAGCCGGGAGGAUUAUUUGUCAACUAAAGGCCGCGUUCAUCUCCUCAAGUUCUCCCGCACCAAAAAGACAAGAUCAGACACUGCCCUUCCUUCCUACCGCAAGUUUGUCACCAAGAGCAACCGAAAGAGUAUUUUUGUACUGCCGCAUGGCGACCUGAAGGUACUGGGGAGGCGUGGGGGAUUCCGUGAAGUGCCCAUUUUUAGCUACAAUGCUAAGCCAGCGCUGGACAUCUGGCCGUAUCCUUCACCCAGGCCCACGUUUGGCAUCACCUGGAGGUAAGCUAAGGCCCUUUGUUUACCUUUUUCAAAACCAAAAGCAUUACCAAAGUUUUCAUUCUUUAUGUCAUUAAGGACCACAGAUACAAAAUUUCCCCCAAAGCGCUCAUCACAUUACCAUACUCCUGUCUCAUCUGUGGUUAAGUAGGAAAUACAAGGGAAGGAGUCCUUAAAGACCCACUCUGAUAAAAAUCAUGUUUUUCCUAUUGUCUACAUGUUCAUACGGUAUUUUUCUGAUGCUACGGGACAUUUGAGAAAAGUACGUGUGAAAUUGUAUUUCUGUAUUCAAAUCGCUGUGAAUCUCUGGCAGACCCAAACAGCAGGUUCAGAUACAGUGAGAUUUCCUAUGUCACAAAUCCAAGCUCCGCCCCCUGAGCCCCUCUAUGCAGGCCAGACUCAGAAAAAUAGAGGACGGUUGCAAAACAAGCGUGUGCGUUAGCAGAUGGCAUUGCUCACAAGGAAAUUAAUUAUGAUAUUAACUUUCAUCAUGUCCCCAAAAAUAUUAGUGUCCGAGAGCUGAACAGCUCCUAUGUAACCUGCUAGUUGCAGGUAGCAGGCUGUUACUUCUACUACACCGGCAAUGUUAGGCUACAAGCUAGCAUGAAGACGAGCGUGCAGAGCAGCGCUGUCUCUGCCCACGACUCAGAGGUGAAUUGCUAAUGACUUACUGGAGCUUAGCAGAAGAAAAGCACUAGAAAAUGACACAGGUAACAUGAUUUUGGCUAAAAAAAACUUAAUAAUCACAACUUAAAGACCACUGAGAACACUUUAAGAAGUAAAAAAAAAAGAUCAGAGUGGGACUUAAAAGAUCAAAUGGAGCCUGUUCACCUGUUCAUUGUAGCUGCCUGGGUUUUUGAAGCUAAUUCAAAAACAAAGAACAUGAAAAAUUCUUCAUAUCAAAAAAUGAUAAAGAUAUUCCAGGUCUGGACCUUUUACUUUGAGCCAACAAAGAGUCCCAAAGUAUGGAUGUUCUCAGAGACAGAAGCCUUAAAAUAUGAAAGGAAACUGUGAUACAGAAAGCCAAAAUCAAUUAUUUAGAGGGUUUUAUUUUUAAAAUACAGGGUUCAUGAUUUAUUCUCUGACAGUCUUAACUGUUUCCUCAAAAAAAAAAAAAACAACGGCAGCACUUAAAUUACUUUUAAUUAAAUUGUAAGGAUGGAGUAGACUUCCCUCCUUUUAUGAGUGAAAUAUUUCAAAAUGAAACCUUUCCAGAGAACAACUUUGUGGCCUUGAUUUUUCUUUUUAAGUCGAUUUAUAUUUAAUUGUUGUAAAUCCAGCCAAAGAUUGGAUGUCCUGUCUUUAAGAGCUUUUCCUUCCUGAUAUUUGUCAAGGAUUAUUACGCUUUUAUUGUUGCCGUAAAAUGCAUUUAUGAGCUGUUUCCUAUGACAUGGAAAUCCAAAACACAUAGUUGUGGUAAGCUGCAGCCUGAGAACAAGUUUCUGACACGACCUGGUUUUUAAAAGUCUCCAAGGACCAGAACAGUAAUGUCACACUGAUGACACAAAAUAGUCCCAAUUUUUUAAGGUCUGUCUUAAACCAAAAACAACGUAACCUCUUUAGUUUUCAUCAAAACAAAAAAGGAAGCUUUGAACCCUCAAAAGAUUUCAGAUGUAGAUAUUGAACUCCUGAUGGAUUUGAAGUGAACAUGCAGUGUCUGUGUCUGAUUUCCUGUUUGUCACGUCUUCCUCCUCCCUGUCUGCUGUCUAUGGCUUUGGCCCUCUACGACACUGUGGUCCUGAGCACAGAGUCACACAAGGGCUUCUGGUUGUUUUGACCGGACCUCAGAUUUGCGACGCAGUUAUGAAUCAUUUAGCGGUCAGGGAAGUGUCAGGAUGUUCACUCUGCACGGUGACCCAGCCCUGAAAUACAGGGAUGUUUCACCGCCUGUGGUUGCACACGAGAAAGGGAUGAUCUCCCCAGACUUACGCACACUGCCUGUGUAAUUAUUGUGUUUUUGUAGGCGAUCAGGAUGUUUAAAUGCCAGCAGUACUCCAUUUUAAGUUGAUGUGCUGAAUGUUUUCAGUGGGUGAAAAGUCAGGACAAGAGCCAUGCUGUUGUGAUAUAAGUGGAAUGUGGAUUUGACUUUCUUAAAUAUGUCAGGUCUUCUCUAAAACAUGUGCAUAUGUUGCUCCAAAACGGGCCUGUUUAGUCCACCAUUAAGGGUUUUCUCUGAAGUGUGUAAGCAACUCACACCAUGAGCACUUAACACAUUCGUUAUAUCAUCAUGGAUGUUGUAACUGUGCGCUGAUAACAGGCCUGGUGGUCCCUCUCCCUUUCAGAAAGAGGGGACAGCUUCCUUAUUUAGGAUUAGUCAGAACCUUAGACAGUUUUCCUCAUUGCCUCACCCCUAGGGCUGGGCGAUAUGGCCUCAAAUCAAUAUCACGAUAUAUUGAGCAGUUCACCUCGAUAACGAUAAAUGAACGAUAACUACUCCACAAGCUGCUCACCCCCUCCCACAUUAACUUCAUCUACUUCAGCCGUUACAACUUUUGAACCAUCCUCCAUCUCCUCACCUGUCUUUCCCUCUUUGUUACAGACUGGAUGGGGUUGAGUCACAUCUUUGACAUAGGACAGCGUCUUAAAGGGACAUGAGACCAUAGCCUACCUACACACAUCCAAAACCAACUUUGAUUUAUUUAUUUUUUGACACCAAAUAUAUUGACUUGGGCAAAAUGAUGUCGUUAUUGUCGUAAAUUUCGGUAUCUGUAAAUUUUCGGUUUAUCGCCCAGCCCUACUCACCCCUUCUUCAGUGGACUGAGCGCCACACAUCUUUUCGCAUGGUGCAUUUGUGGAUGCAGAAAUGAUGAACUAGGUUUACAGAUGAUGCUUUAUGAAAGAGAUUUUGAGCCCAUGCAGCAAUUUCCACCACAGAGUUGUAUCUGUUUUCAAUGUUCUGCUGCUGGAGGGCCCAAAGAUCGAGGCCAUCUUUAACUGGUUUACCACCUUCCCCCUUUUUGCACAGAAUUUUUUCAAAUUAUCUGAAUCCUUUAGCGACAUCAUGUCCUGUAGAUGCGAAAAUCCCAGAUGUCUUUGGGGUUUUACACAGAGGGACACUAUUCUGAAAUUGUUGACCUAUUUGUUUAUGUGGUGAACCUCCUCUAAACAUCUUUGAGCAACACAUAAUUAGUAGAUUCACUUUUCAGUUUUAACCUCUGGGUUGUGUUGUAGGUAUCGCUUGCAGACGGUGAAAUCUCUGGCUGGUGUGAGCCUGAUGCUGAGACUUCUGUGGGCGUGUCUGAGAUGGGAUGAUAUGGCCGUCAAACCAUCUGCUGCUGUGGGCACCACUCGUACAGGUAGAUCCUCUCCACAAUCCCCUCCAAACCUCCUCCACAUACAGAUGUCAUCCCUCCAUGAGCUUAGGUUUAAAGGAUUGAAAUGUGUUUGUCAUUUGCUACUAUUAUUUUUAAUGUUGAAAAUUUCUUUUAUAGUUUUACGAGAGUUUUGCUUUUCUUCACUCAUAUCCACAACUUAAUGUGUGUGAGAAGUGCAGCUGGUGCCUCAGCAAAAACUCCAACCUGAUGUUUUAAAGGCUACAGAAAUUGUUCAAACCGGAUAAUUUCGGUAUGAAUUUGGGAUUAUUUCGCUGUUGAUCGAGAAAAACAUGCAAAGAUGGCUGCCAGUAAAAAGACCCAGCCUCACCCUCAUUUUGGUGUCACUGUUUUUAUAUUGGAGUGCAUUUCCUCCAUCUUCUCGGGCUCUUCUCCUCAUCACCGUACCAACCCAGCCCUAUCCCCACUCAUUGCUACAGAGACAUCAGACACAGAAAUCACCACCACAGAGAUCAUCAAGCGCCGCGAUGUGGGACCAUAUGGCAUCCGGUCAGAGUACUGCAUCCGCAAGAUCAUCUGCCCGCUGGGAGUGCCUGAGACACCAAAAGGUUAGAUGCCUUUUUUUUUUAUCUCUGUGUAUAUUUAUGAACUGCCUCAGAGUUUAUUGGUUUAACUGCUCCUUUUUUUUGCAAAGAAAAAUAAAAAUGUGAAGGAUGUUUAUGUCGAUUUCUUUGCAGACUUUAAACUUUCAAAUGACCCGUCUGUCUCUAAUAUAUUCAUCUGUCAACCUUCCCAGAAACCCACACACCUCAAAGAAAGGGGUUGCGCUCCAGUGCCUUGCGUCCAAAGAAGCCCGAGCCUGCCAAGCAGACGGGUCCUGUGGUGAUUGAGACCUGGGUAGCUGAGGAGGAGCUGGACCUCUGGGAGAUCAGAGCCUUCUCAGAAAGGUCAGGGGGCUAAGUAUGAUUUUACUCCACCUGCCCACAGAUCAGAUGUAUAAACAUGGAAAAGUAGUGAAGCUGAUUUUGCAUUUUCCAUUGUAAUCACCUGAAUUUAUAAGAAAAAUGGUCUGAGGGAUUGAAAUAUUUUACUCCAUUCAACUCCCAAAAGAGGUUUUCUCCUAAGAAUUUUGUUGUUGAUGUUUUUCUUUUCUUUUUAGGGUUGAGAAAGAGAAAGCCCAGGCAGCAGAGCAGGCUAAGGUCAGUAUGGUCCAGAAGGAUCAUCUUUCCACACAUUAUAAUUCUCAUUUUGAAGAACAUUUAUUUUUACAUAUAUUUAUUGUGCAUGCCAGCUGAUUUUGUAAAUAAUAACAUGGUUCAGAAGUAGACAUUUUUCAAGAGGACAUCAAUGACAACCUGGAGAACAAUCUUGUUUUGACAAUGAACAAAAGCUGUGUUGAUCCAGGCUAGUGUACAUCUACAUGACUGAUUCAUAUUCAUGUACUCAUGUUCUGACCAACUCUUGUACCACCUCAGAAACGCCUGGAGCAGAAACCCGGUUCAGUCAACGCCACCCCAACGGGGACUCCAGGAACUCCUGCUGCCCCGCCCAAAGUCAUCGUCGGUUCACUGUCGGGUCAGGGUACCCCCACCACCAAGGUGGUACUGUCCUCCAAGAUGGGCACCCCGGUUACAUUCCAGCAGAACAAAAACUUCCAGCAGUCGUUUGCCACCUGGGUCAAGCAGGGCCAGAGCACACAAGGUAGAAACAUGGCCAGAGAGAUACACAUUUCAACAGGCUAGUCUUGACAGGGUUUUUCAACUUGGGUGUUUAAGUUGGGCUUCAAUUAUGUUGGAUAUGAGUGUAAAUAAAAAUAUCAGAUUUUCUGUUUAGUGCUUUUGGAGGUGUAUUAAGAGUUUUGAUUUGAGUUCUUGUUAUCAAAGGUUAUUAAAAGUUGGGAUAUUAUCGGAUUCAAUACUUAGAAAUCCCAAUCAUACUCCCCACAUGUACGAUAUCAAACUCCAACAUAUCAGUUUUGCUCCUUUUUUUCUUUUCUCGUACAUUUAAUGUCAAUAUCAGUCAGUUGUGCGUUAUGCAAUAAGAAUAAAGGAGUUCUGUCCUUUCUGUUACUUUUAUAAGGAACGGGCAGCGAGACCACUGUGGCUACAUCAGGGGGACACACCUUCCAGAUUACGGGAACCUCAGUGGGUGGAAAGGUGGUGACCACCAAGCUGCCGCUACCAGCCAACAGCAAAAUCGUCACGGUCAACGUGCCAACUUCACAAGGAGGUAUGGGCAGUUUUAAUGAGUCUCACCUUUAGAGGCAGGUGGAGAGUGGAGGUUACACACAGUAAAUCCAUCGAAGGCUUUUCUUUUUCCAGCCCCAGCAGUUUUGGGAUGCUUGUUUGUUUAUGUUUUCAUUCCUUCACCUCAGACCCACAGCUCAGACAUUCGAAAGGAGUAAAAAUUAGUCUGGCUCGUUGAUUGGAUACUAUUGUAAGCACUUUGGUGUGCUAACCAUGUGCACGGUGCUUCAGGAGAACUCGGUCUGUCUGCACUCAUCUUAAGAUGUUGUUGGUGGCCGCAAAACACUCUGGCUCAAACAUUUUGAGUCAACAAAUUAGACACAAAUUAGACAUUGGCCUGUCUCUGUCAUCGAGCCAAGAACACAUGUAAAUGCCCACAGACUUGAAGAAAUCUAUGACUAAAGUGUUCAGAUGCUGGUUUCAGCAGUUUGUGUCUGAUCGAUCACAGAGCUGUAAUUGCAAAUUUCAUCCCAGUCCUAAUGCAGCCGUAGUUUUUGCACCCUUAGAUUUCAUGCUCUUAAAGUUGUUUAUUUGUUAGGUCUGGUUUCAGUUUGUCUUGGAUGAUGCUUUAUUAUUGGCAAUGCUGGAGGUCAAAUCUGGAACAUUCUGCUUUAUUAUUUAACUGAAUUCUAGGAUAAAGGAAAGCUCCUCUGAGGAGUUUUUGACAGGUGAUGAAACAGACCAAAUGAAAUGAGACCAUCACUAAUGGGUUACAGAACUUUUUUUAUUAUAAUUUAUGAUAUAAUAUUUACCAUCUGUAGUGGCCGUGAUGGAAACAGCUCUUGUUACUUUUCCACUGCAAAUAUUAACAGUAAAAAGAGCAGGUGGAGAUUUAUUGUCAAUGUACACUGCUUCCAUAAGGACAAGGCAAACCCACUUAAUCCACUGGGGGUGCCAAAACCAACACAGACAGAAGAACCUUAUAGAAGCUUUAAAUACAACCCACCAUAUAAUAACAGUGGACCACAUAACUUUGUGUAUAGAGAUGUUAAAAAUAUGAACAAAGCUCUCGUUCUCCUCAGCUCUGCAGUGACUUCUUUCGGUACAUUGUUCUGGGAUUCACAGUUAUUGACCUGAUAAAAGGCAGCAGAUAGAUGUGGAUAGGGUGUUUUGUUUCUCUAAACUUUAGCUUCAUCAGGUUCCAGCUGAAAAAAAAAAAACACUGAACAUGUGUUACUACUGCUAAACCAGCCGGUAGCUCAUUGUGGUUUGUGUCACCGUGCUACCAAACCCAUUGUGGUACCUCCAUGUGCUUAACCUCAUGAGUCUGCAUGAGUUUGAUGUGCAUGCUGUCUGCUGGCCCUGUAGUCAUGGUUAUCCAUUAGAAAUCUGUUAUUUUGGUCGGAUGAUUUUAUGCAUGGUGGACUUGUGUAGUCUGAGGUUCUCAAUCCAGACCGAGGGUUCAGGAUGUACUAUCUUAUUUUGGGUACUUUUGAACUUUUCAAAAUGUCAGUGUUGACACAGAAGAUGAGUCAAUGGUUCAUGCCGGGCGUCAUCUGGAUCUGGCCCGUCUGCAGUCCCGCCUUGCUGUUGGAUGAUGGAUUUUGCUGAACACUCUGUAGAGGUGGACCGUCAUGUUGAGAUUGUUGAUGCAUAGAGUCGAUCAUCUUCCUGUGGAUGAUACUGGUCGGAUAUCCCUUUCAGAAAAUCAGUCACCUGUGUACAGAGCCAGCCCAAGCCUCAAUGAGGCCCUAUGCAAAAUUUGAUUUUGGGGCCCUCUUUUUCUGCCAAUAAUAUUGAUUGUUGAUCAUUCACACACCUUUAGAAAUCUCUGAUUAACAUUCCAUGACAUGCAAACAUACCUUUAUCUUGGCGUUUUUUUCUCUUCUUCCUCUUUCUUUUCUCUGCUCCUGAAGGAUAUGUCCUUUUUUGCGACACUGUUUUGCCCCACAACUACCUGUGCUUUGGAUGCUCAGUGCACAUUGUUCAGCAGGAGGCACAUUACAGUAGCGGAGCUUUGACGUAUCGGCAGUAAGAAUCAUAGGCCUACAUCAGCAGCAGCACUAAAAUGUUCUUACUUUAUUUUAUUUUUACAAUAAUAUAUAUUUGAUCAUACAGAAAGCAUCACUCAGACAUGCAAAAAAAUAAAAAAAAACCCAUUUAUUUACUUAUUUAUUUAGAUGGCUUUUGGGGGCCCCCUACUGGCCGCGGGGCCCUACGCAGGCGCUUAGUUCGCUUAUGCCUUGGGCCGCCUCUGCCUGUGUACAUGCUGUAUACACUGGAUGUUACGGCUGUAAAGGCCUAAUCGAUUGGUCGACUUUUUGCUCGAUACGUGCUGAGUCGACCAAAAUUCUGAUAGCUCGACUCGAUUUGUUCCCGCGUCAAUUUACAGUCUGUGGUUAAGUCCAUCAAGAGGAACGUACCAAGUGCUAAUGGGGGUGAUUUCAGAGCCCCUUACUUUCACAGGUUGCGGUCUGUCUCAGAACACCCCCCUUGUUUUUGCCAUUUUGGAUUCGCCCAACCCACUGGCGACUGGAAGAUUGGAGCACGUCCAUGCUUAUCAACGUCCGGUGGUUUGAUGAAUAUUUAUUUUUCUUUUCAACUUGCCUUUUAAUAACUUUGAAUAAGUAUUUAAUUGUCUAUUUGUGCUGAUAUCAGUGAAUUUUCAUCCCGCCAAACAGCGUCGUCCCCCGCCAUAGAAGCAUUUGCCGUCAGAGCCAGGAACCCCCCACCUCCCCCACCCCACCCCAAUUAAUCGAUUUUGGUCGAAAAUUUCAGGGUUUUAGUCGACCAAGAAUUUCUCUGGUUGAUGACAGCCCUGCUGGAUGUUUUCUUUUAGUGUUAUUUAAGGUAAAAAUGAGCCUCAGUGCAAAGCAGCACUAAAAAGUAGGGUAAGACUACUUAAUUAUAACGAGCUUUCCAUGCUGUAUCAACAUGUUAGUGGACUUGAAAAUACAGGAAAGGAACAACAGAAGUCUGAAAGUUAAUUUUUAAACACCAUGUCAUUUAAACAGCAUUUCAGUAUACAGUGAAUGUAUUGUUAAAGGCGGUCAAGCUUUUAUAGAACAUUUCAAUCACCAGUUAGAGAGAAUUAUAUCCAUCGGAGGCUACAGAGGAAGUGAUUUUUCUUACCUUUGAAAUUGCCACGAAGGAGAAACUUAGUUCAGGAGGAGUGCAACCAUUUAAGAGACAUGUGUAUUUAUCCAGCAUGACUGUUGGACGCCCUGUUUGUUUUGGAAGGCCUUAAGGAAGUUAGGAAGGAAAACAAGUUUACUCUGAGGUCUGCUUCCCAGACAGGUAGCCCUCUAUAGCAAGAUUCCAUGUUUCUUUUUUUCCUUCUCGUCUUUUUGAAUGAAAGUGUACCCCUCCACUCACCGGAGUCCCAACUCCAAACAGCCUGUUCAUAGAAAAGCAUGUUUGAUGUGUGUGACUAGCGCAGCUACUCCCCUGGUCUUACAACGUCCCUGUUUGAAGAGGGAAACCCUUGAUGUAUAGGUUUACCUGCUCGGUUGCGGUCGAAAAACCACAGAAAGAAGGCAAAAGGCAGCAGCGGAGGAAAAAGCGCGACAGUCAUGGUUUCCAUUUCUGCCACUGGCUUCACGUGAGCUCAUUAAGGCACAGAGCUGGGUGAACAAACAUGAAACACUCCCUUUGUCAGAUUAAGGUUCAAAAGUAGGAUCUGAUUCAUGCAUAAUUUAUGAGAGGGUCAGGUUUGUUGAAGGAAAUCAGUGAGUCUUUGAAGAUGUUGUUUACCUGCUCAGCUAAUAUUUACCAUUGCUGUGAUCAAAAGCUGGCCAUCUAACAUAGAGAGAGAGAGCGCUGCAAAUAAUGUAUGAAACGCGUCAGUGAAGGACUUCUGUAUAACUGCAGCUUAUAACAUGCACACAUGUAAGCUCAGCUUCACAUCAGUAAUCGUGUGAAGGAUUUUCAGAUUUUGGUGGAUGUUUGAUGUACUAAGUAGGUGUGUUUGAUACCUCUCCAAAUAUGAGGUUACAACAGCUUUAGCUCACACGUCUGUUUCUAUCAAGUUUAAAACUACUAGGGGUGGGAAUCACUAGUUGCCCCACGGAAAGAAAUUAUCAUGAUACAUGGACCAUGAUACAAUAUUAUCACGAUACUUAGGCCACGAUACAAGAUUAUCACAAUACAUGGGCCACGAUACAGUAUUAUCAUGAUACAUGGGCCAUGAUACAGUAUUAUCAUGAUACAUGGGCCACGAUACAGGAUUAUCACGAUACAUGGGCCACGAUACAAUAUUAUCAUGAUACAUGGGCCAUGAUACAGUAUUAUCAUGAUACAUGGGCCAUGAUACAGUAUUAUCACGAUACAUGGGCCAUGAUACAGUAUUAUCACGAUACAUGGGCCAUGAUACAAUAUUAUCAUGAUACUUGGGCCACGAUACAAUAUAAUUGCGAUUUUUAACAUUUUGCAAUACAGUUAUUGUUGUGAUACAAUAUACUGUGAUUUAUACAUUUUUUCAACUGUUAAGCUAACUUAGCAUUCGUCUUUCCUUUAUUUUUGUCUUAUUUAUGAAGUGUUUUAUUUUCAUGUAGCACUUCUUGCAAACCUUAUAUAUUUAUUUGCUGUACUAACUUUCUCCUGCUUUAUAAUGUUCCCAUUAUCAUAGAUUUGACUUCCUCUUAGCAGUUAACUUGAAAAUUUGAUACUUAGUCAAUGAGACAAUAUAUCACCAGACAAAAUAUCGCAAUACUAUGCUGUAUCGAUUUUUUUCUCCCACCCCUAAAAACUACAUUCUCCAUCUUGUCCCUGUUUUUUCAUAUCUCUUCAUUUGUGUCUUGUAUCUCUCUUUUUCACCUUUCUCUGCAGGUGUGGUUCAUCAGAAAGUGUUGGGUAUCAUUCCGUCGAGUACAUCAGGCGGUGCCCAGACCUACACCACAUUCCAGCCCCGCACCACCACACUCAACAUCAGGCCAAAUACCCCAGGAUCCCAGCAGCAGGUAUGUCUGCCUCCUCCCUGCUUGGAAGUAUGCAUAAGACUGGUGCCAUUUUUGCUUUAGCUAUAUUAUCUCUUCUACUCUUGUGCUGUUCACACUUUACAGAGGUGACACAGCAAAUUUUUACAAUAUUUCUCUUCAAAUCAGCUCCACUUAGCCCCGGUGUACCCCUCUUUUUCAAACAGCUCUUUUUUUUGUCAACAAUGUCAACUGUACAACCAUGCAGUGGCAACUUGGGGAAGUAAAAAUAAAAUGUAAUAGAAUAAUAAAAUAAUAAAUGGAGGUGGGGUCACCACUCAUGUUUCAGCUUUUUCCACUGUCUAUUAGGUCUGUUGAGUAUUAGACCCUUCUUUAUUCAUUUACACAGUCCAUUUGUGCCACUGUUGGUCUAGAAUCUUUCACACGGCUUUGAAGCAAUAAAGAAAAUAUGCCAUCUUUAAGGAAUUAUCUCUCUGAAAAUGUCUUUGUAGGUUCUGGCAGCAGGUACUCAGAUCCGUCCAGGAAUGACAGUAAUCCGGACACCGAUCCAACAGACCGGACCAAUGGGAAAGACAAUACUCCGCACUCCUCUUGUGAUCCAGCCGGGUAAUAUAGUAUUCAUGAGUGUUUGAGCUCUUUUCUGUUGCACAAAACUCCCUUCCUGUAGAGAGAGUGUGUGUUUUACAGCUCUAUACUGACUGUGUCUUUACUUUUCUAUCUCACCCCUUUUUGUUCCAGGUCAGGGUGGCCAGCAAGUGGUGACACAGAUCCUCCGUGGCCAGACAGUUUCCACAGCUAUACCAGGCGCCAGCCCUGUCACUGCCGUCACAGGUCAGGGGUCAGCCAGCCCCACCGUAGGAGGGCAGGCUGCUGGCCAAACACCAACUGGCACCCCACGAGCACAGGGGCAAGGCCAGGUCAAACUCACCAUGGCGCAGCUCACCCAGCUCACACAGGUUAGAGAAAAAGACACCAGAAAGUGAUGAUCUAGUGAGACUUUUAAUAGAAUUUGGUCAGGAUUGUUUUUUGUUAUGUUUUGAUAAUAAGACUCCAAAAACAAACAGACACAAAAAGAGUUUGGACGAAGAAAAACAUGAGUAAGAUCAUUGAUGAACUGAUCAGUAAUUGUUUUUGGUAUCAAAAUCCAAAUAUUUACAGCUUAUAUGACAAAGUGUUAUGAUAAAAAUGACUCGCCCACACAGAAACUCCAACUCAAAGUUAUGUCCCUAAUUUUAACAUUUCAGAGUUAAUUUUGUGUUAAAGGAAAUGUUGGUUACAGGAAGUGUCAAGAGACGAAAACUCUGAAACAAAAACAAACUAGAUGCGUUUGGCGUGACAUGCAAAUGGCCGUAAUGGGCCAAAAACAGCGGAAUAACUCUUUAACCGUGCAUCUAAGAAAAAAGUCCAAGAGCCUAACAACAAAUAUCUCGUUGGGAUACACAUCUCUGUGAAAUUUCAGGCAGAUCGGAAAAGUCGACGUUCAUGGCGCUCUGUAGGGGGCACUAGCGAGCCAUUUCUUUUGGCUUUUGCUUUUUUUGGGUCACUUUAAAACUUUGCGAUUUUCACUGGGCCCGACCUGCCUCAAAUUUUCGUCAGUUUUCAAAAUCGUUUAGGGGGUCACAUUUGCGUUUUCGGAGGCUGUAAAAUAACAAUAAUCGAGAACUCCUUGGGUUUCAGUAGGGCUUUGCUGUCGGCUCGGGCCCUAAAAAUUUUAAAGCCUGGACUCCAAAAAGACACACACAGCCCAUCAGUCUAACUAAUCAAGUAAUUAAAUGUUGAAGGAGCACUGGAUUGGUUGCACAGGACUUCAGUAAAGUUUAAAAGGAAGAGCAUUUUCACUCAUUUGAUUUAAGUCUUCAUGAAAUGCAUCCAUCACCACUGGUAUUUUGUAAUAGAAGAGACUUUAAAAUGUGUUUCACGGACUAAAAAGUCUUCCGCUCUCUUCCCUCCCUUCUUUAGAAGCAGCAGGCAGGCUCAGGUGUGGAGCGGCAGGCCAGUGUGGGUGGAGCCCAACAGGCUCUGACGGUGAUGGUUCAAGGUCAGGGCCAGACCACAGGUCAGCUGCAGGUAAUACCUCAAGGCGUCACUGUCAUCCCAGGACCCGGGCAGCAGCUCAUGCAGGCGACUCUGCCCAACGGACAGGUGCAGCGCUUCCUCUUCACCCCCUUGACGUCUGCCGCCACACCCACAUCAAGCACAGGUACGAUAAGAAAAACAGUAAAAGAGGCAUGUUGUAUACCUUAAUUCAAUAUCAUUAACUACGACAGAUUAAUUAACCAAGGCUUUGAGUUCUACCCUUAUAUGUUCAUGUGCACCACUCUCAUCUCUCUCCAGCCACCCAUCCAAACUCCACCUCCACCAAAACGCCAGUCCAGCAGGCUGCAGCACCCAUCCAGGCUGGGGCUACCCCCUUGGCCACCACCAGCACCCCUUCCUCAGCUACACCACAAAGCCAGUUACCCAAUCAAACCCAGGCUCACAUGCCCAUCCAGUCUCCCACCUCGCUGCAGGUUAAAACACAGGGGGGAACCGCCCAGUUGCAACUGCAGCAGUCACCCCAGCUCAUCAGCAUGUCUGGACUGCAGCAGCAGGUACAGGUAUGAUUAGGUACAGGGAUGCAUUUUGAAUGACAGAGCUGCAUAUGUUAAUAUUAGCAGCUGGACAUAAGAUGGUCUUUUGUCUACUAAGGGGGUUAACUUCUAUGAACUACUAAUUCACUCAGCCAGGCUAUUUGUAAGGUGGUGUCCUUGUAAGAUAGAGGUGCCUGUAACAUAUCAGACUUUGAUCUGUUUCAUUAAGUAGAAGUUGCAUUAAAAGACCCUUGGUUAAAUGUGUAUCGUCUGUGUUGUGUCUGUAGGUGUUGGCUCAGCUGCAGGCCCAGCAGGCCGGAGGCUCCCUGCCACAGCACAUCAAAUUGCAGCUUCCAAUCCAGAUACAACAGACCGGGACCACCUCAGCUCAGGGAGGACAGGUAGUGCAACAAGUUUUGAUUUCCAGAGGCCUCGUUAGGGCAGUAUGUAUCAUCAGUUCAACUAGAUAGGAAAAAUAAGAAGAUUCAGAAUGAUCAACACACCUCUACUUUAACUGGAGCACAGCUUUCUCUUCAUCUUGCAACUUAACAAUACUACUUAAACCCCAAUACUACUUAAACCUGCUUAAAAGGCAUCUUCAGAUCAGAAAUGGUUAAAAUACAGAGUGUGUCGUUUGAAGCUCAGUUAACUUUCACCUCAAUAAUGAUUUUAGAUUGGAUUUUCUAAAAUUUUGUGUGUCUUGUUGCACUUUUCUGUCUUCAUAGAUUGGGAACGUCGUGACCAUCCAGGCAGCUUCAGUCCAGGAGCAGCUGCAGAGGAUCCAGCAGCUCAGAGAACAGCAACAACAGAAGAAGAGACAAGCAGCAGAGGCCAAGAGGGAGCAAGCCCUCAACACAGCCAGCCAAAGCGACAUCAUUCAGAAACAGGCAUGUUUGUGUGUGGGUGUGGGUGUGUGCGUGUGGUUGGGGCACCCAUCAAAAUUCAAUAAGUCAACCACGUCAGUCCAAGGCUAACCCUUUUACUGCCAUCAAUACUGAAACUGUGGUCUUCCUCAUCUUUUCACUGAGGCUGUGUUUAUUCUAUCAGUUUAUUUUGCCAGUCUGUGUUUUUUCACCUGUCUCUGAAUGUAUCUAACAUACAAUACUCUACUCCCUGGUCAUAUAUGAACAAUAUUUCAAUUUUUGUUUCAGGUGGUGAUGAAACAAAACGCUGCUAUCGAGCAUCUGAAGCAGAAGAAGACCAUGACGCCAGCAGAGAGAGAAGAGAACCAGAGGUUUGUGUUUGAAAUCAUUGGGGAAGCACACACUCUGUUUGAUGGAGGAUGUAGGUUUUUUUUUUUUUUUUUUUUGUGAGUCCAUGUCGGGAUCUUAUGGAUUUGCAAUAUUGUGGCUCUGGCAGUCUGUACAUCGUGCUCCUCUCUGACACCGUGUUGGGAGCAUGAGAACAUUUGGGUGUGUGGCCAACGACAGCUGCAUGUUCUCACUGCAAACAAGACACAAAGACAAAACGAUUAUAAAUGAAGGGAGUUGUUCAAUAAAUUCACACAAGACUCUUCAAACCCAACAAUGAUUUAAAAGGAAACUUCAAUAAAGAAGUCUUUCAUCUUUUUUUCUAACAAAACAGCCCGACUUUGUUACUUGAAUCUUCGCUAUAGUUUCAAGUUCGAGGUGUUGUCACACACAGAUGGUUUGCUUUACCCCAGUAUCACAUCUGUAACUGAUACCAAGGUUGUUUUAGUGCUAUUUUAUCAAGAGCUGAAACAUCUUCAAUCGUCGUUUCAUGGAAAGCUUUGACCAAAAGUCGACUUUUUUAAGAGUGUUUGCACACUUUACCUGAAAGAAAGUAAGAUAUUAGUCUCAAAGUGAAAUAUGGACUUGCAUCGCUUUAAAAACAAAAUCAAGCUCCAUAAGUAAAAGUCAAAGUUCUGAAGUAUGUAGAAAGAUUUUCCUUUCAUUCUCCAGUUUUACACGGUAUGGACUGGACUAUACUCUGACCUACAGAUGACCCUGACAACCAUGUGUUUAUGUCCACAGACGGUGUGUCAACACUGUACCCAUUCACACAAACCUGAAAUACCAAACCCAGACGACCGUGACAUCACAGCAGCUCCGUCUGUUGUCUGUCUCGCUGCUUAUUUUUCAUCCUUUUUUCCAUUUCUUCAUGUCAUCCUUUUCUCCUGCUUUUCCUCCAAAACACUUCCCCGUAACCUCAGCCUGUGACAUCAGGUCGCAUGUGUUUGCAUGUCCUGUUGCGUUCGCGCUGUUCGCCGCCACACUGCAUUUACACUUCGUAGGAAUCUCUUGGCCCGUCUUCGACCUCGGCAGUCACGGAUGUGCCAGUGUGUGCUGUUCCCACAAACGAUCAACUGCCAAGCAGCACGGUCCUGAACAAGAAGUCCCCGUUUUCUAUCUUAGUUGUGAAUGUUAACACACACAAGUGAACAUACUGGCAUGAUUGAGCUAUAAACUAGUGCAACCUGCAGGAAUACCUUUGCAUUCAGUUUUGAUAAGACAUUUUCUGACUUUCUUUUUGCUUCAUAUAUAAAUAUCUGUUUUUUUAUAUGACUGUUGCAGUGUGUAGAAUUGAGAUGCAAAUUUAAAGAAUCCUCUGUGAUGCAUUUUUGGAAAUAUUAAUGAUCGUAUAAAAGAAAUUUACAUCUGAUAUGGAUAUAAGGGACAGUUUACAAAGCUACAGCGCUAUGAAAGAAUACAUGUUUUUAAAGGGAUAGUCUGCCGUAAAAUUAAUUUAGGGUCAAACUCACCGCAACACUGAGUUAGACCCCCCCCCCCCCCCCCCCCAGAGAUGAAUGUUGCCGACUGCUUGCUUCUCUAGUUAUACCAACUUUAGUAACGACCGCACGAUAGCAAUACACAGUGUUCCGAGGAGCCAUAAACAAACCUCAACCAAAAAGCCACUCUAUAGCCACAAAUAAUGCUCAGAACAACAACUAACUUCAUCAACAAUACAUAUAGGGUCCUAGCCAUAGUACUAGCCAUCAAACAUCUCUUUAACUUUGCCUAAUUUCUUUAGCAAAGAGACUAAACACAACUCACCUACUCUCUUCCAGCAGCUGCUUGUUUGUAUGGAGACCUUGGGCCAGUCCCCCCCUAAAAAGUUCUCGUUUGUCUUACUUAAAUUAUUGGCUGAUGUUGUAUAAAAGAUGCAUUUCCUUCGCUUUAAACCUAAAACUCCUCCUUGAUAACUCGAUAUAAAAUGAAACCACACAUUUGUUUAUUAGCAGAAGAUUGAUCAAUUAUAGGAUCAAUGAAUUUAGAGUAUCGAUAAGUGCUAACAUCCCCAGUGUAGAAGUCGACCCAUGGAAUUUGCAUUUAGAUCAGCUCAAUUGAGCUCAUAUUUCCCUCCCUCAUCCCGUGUGUUUACAAGAGCAGCAGAACUUCCCAGUCAUCCUCUAUCUGUCCAUCUGUCACCAUUCACUUCACUUCCCUGCCGCUGAAGCUGAGCCUCACACAAAUAAACUCUGGACAAGUCAAUAACUCUCUAACAUCUGUAAAACACAUGAUUUAAGAAACACUACAUUCUUCUCACAGGGGAGGAUGACAAAACUGCAUUGCUUUUUGCUUCAUGUUCACAGAAGUCUGACCAAAGUUUUCUCACUUAUUUGAUUCUAAUGUUAAGGAAAGCAAACGGUGAACUAUCAGAGGGUUUAGCUUUUGCAUUUCCCUUUGUUUCACACUCCACAGCGGAGGAAGGAGAGAUCUGGGGUCCGAUAAUGAUGAGAUUCAAAUACAUGACUUUGUUAUUAACAAGCUUACACAACUGAACCACCGGAGUGCCUGGAGUUCUUGAAUAGAGAGAAAUGCUUCAUUGUUCACUAACACGCAAUCAUUUCUUACAUGUGGAAAGCAGGUUUUUUGUUUUUUUGUCUGUUUGUUUGUUGUUUAGCCAACAGACAUGCAGGUUGUGCUCUCUGAAACAUUGACGCAUUGUUUCUCCACUCUGGCCUGUUAGUGUGUCAGAGGGAUUACUUUCUUCCUCUGUGACUUUCUGAAUUCAAGAUCCAGGUUCAUGAUAAUCCUUUCCUCUCAGCAAGAGAGUCGUGAAUAUCCAGGGCCUACAAAAUUCUGCGAAAAGGCCACAACACCUCUCACAUGGGUCUUCAUUAGGGCCAUUUUCCGGGACUUAAUUUUGACCUUUAGUAUAUACAGAGCUUUCCUGUCCUAUAAAAUGUGCUUUCACUAUCCUUGUGAAUUUUUACGGUCAGGAAGAGAGGAGCCUGAAAAUAACUAGGGGUGUUCCAACAAGGGUACCUCACAAUUCAUUUUGGAUUAUGAGAGCUUUGAUUUUUCGAUUAUAAUGAUUUUCCAUUCGAUUAUUGGUGCCACGAUUUUCAGUUUAUCGCCUAGCCCUAGCACCCACCUCUAAAAUUAACCUCUUGUUAUUUUUCUGUCUCUCAGGAUGAUUGUAUGCAACCAGGUGAUGAAGUUCAUUCUGGACCGAAUAGACAAGGAUGAGAGGCAGGCAGCCAAAAGGAGGAAAAAGGAGGAGGUGGUGGAGGCAAAGAGGAGGCUGGCUAAUGCCAGUAAACUCUCCUCGCUGCUUUACCGGCACAAGGAGAGUCUGAAGAUGGAGAUCCUGAAGAAGCGUGCUCUUCUGGACAAGGAGCUCCAGCUAGAGGCCCAGGUACGAAGAGAUGAACCAAACAGCAGAAAUAUAAGGAGAGACAAUAAAUCAAGACUAUUUACUUGGAAUUAUGAAUAAAAUGAGAUGCUACAUAUACAAGUGUGCUCUAAACAAACUUUGUAACCGUUUGGUCUUGACAUUAUUCUUCUCAGGAGGAGCUAAAGAGGGACCUGUUGCGGAUGCGGAGGGAGAAAGAGAAGGCUCAGGCUGCAGCCCACCAGGCCGCCCAGGCUGCAGCCGCCGCAGCCGCCGCCCACAACCAGCAGAAACACACGAACGUGCACGGCAUCCCAUCCCAACACCACCUCACCACGACCGUCACCUCCACACACAAGAGGAAACGUGAGGAGGAGAAGGAGGUCAUGACGUCAGCGAAGUCCAAGAAGAAGAAGAUGAUCGUGACGACGAGCACGAAGGAGAGCAAGAAGGACACCAAGCUUUACUGCGUCUGCAAGACGCCCUACGAUGAGACCAAGUAUGAUGAGGCUCUGCGCUCAAGACUGCAUGUCAUGUUUAUAAAUUUAACUUCCAGGUCAAAUCAGACCAUCCCUGAACUUUCCAAACAGCAGCUAAUGACUGUUUAGUUUUUUGUGUUUUUAAUUUAUUGACAUAUAGUUUGUAAGACAUUGUCUCGUGUCGUUCAUCAUUUGAAAUGUCUCUUAAUCUUUCUGCUUUCAAGGUUCUACAUCGGUUGUGACCUUUGUACAAACUGGUAUCACGGCGACUGUGUGGGCAUCACAGAGAAGGAGGCCAAAAAGAUGGACGACUACAUCUGUGUGGAGUGUAAACGGGGCCAGGAGAGCAGCACAGAGGAGCUGUACUGUAUCUGUCAGACGCCGUACGACGAGUCCCAGUAAGGAGUUUCAGGAGUUUUUGCAUUUUUAUUGAAACGAAUCAUCAGUGUUGUUGGUGUGAGUCCUAUACGAUGAAUUACAGUUCAAAAUUUAGGAGUGUAACGAGUCCAUUGUGUCUCCACAGAUUCUACAUCGGCUGUGACCGCUGCCAGAACUGGUACCACGGUCGCUGUGUGGGUAUCCUGCAGAGCGAGGCCAACCACAUAGACGAAUAUGUGUGUCCACAGUGUCAGUCAACAGAGGACGCCAUGACAGUGUUCACGCCGCUUACAGACAAGGAUUAUGAAGGCCUGAGGAGAACUCUGCGCUCUUUACAGGUAAACGGGAGCCUUAGUGUCAUCCCAGCUGUGAAACACAAACAUUACGGGUUUAAAAACAUGUGUUACCUUCGUUUAAUUUAACAGCAGCAGUCAAACUCAAAGCUGAAAUCACAACAGUAUAUAUAUUCCCUUUUUUGCUAAUUUUUGCUCUUUAUUAUUGCAAAAUGACUGCAGAGAUAUGAGAGCGCUCUUCAGUAGCUGAAGCAGCUGUAGUGGUGAUUUUAUUGCAUGAGAUACCCUGAACACUAACGCUACCUCACUGCAGCGUAAGAGCAGCAAACAAAAGUCCUCUGUGUCCGUCUUAUCUGAUGGGUCCCGUUUCCCGGAGCGCUACUUGGAUUAUUGCCGAGCCUCAGCAUUUUUUCCCUGCUUCCCACUUUUUUUUCUCUCCCUUCUUGUACCUCUCCUCUUUCUGUAUUAUUUUCUCCUCCUCUCUUGAGAGAUCUCUGUGUUUGUGUGUGUGUGUGAUGGAUAGAAGUGGAGGAGAAAGCAGGAGAGAACAUCUGUGUUGACCCACCUGUUUCCAGUGUCAUUUUCAGGGUGCUGUUUGUUUUCUUUCAUCGGUUUCAGCUGUCUCAAGUGUCUUGUCUCCCUCUUUAUCUCUCCCCUCCCUCCUCUGCAGGCGCAUAAAAUGGCUUGGCCGUUCUUAGAACCGGUGGACACCAAUGACGCCCCAGACUACUACAGGGUUAUCAAGGAACCAAUGGGUGAGUGGAGAAAAUGAGGAAAAGUACACAUCAAGUAAAUACUGAUAACAGGGGUUGUGAUUGAAGGGGUGGGAAUCACUAGUGGCUCCAUGAUAUGAUAUUAUCAGGAUAUUUGGGCCACGAUACGAUAUGAGUAUUGCGAUACAAUAUAUUGCAAUUCAUACAAUUUUUCAACUGUUUAGCUAAUUUAGCAUUUGGCUUUCCUUUUUGUUUGACUUAUUUAUGCUGUAUUUUAUUUUCAUGUAGCAGUUCUUGCAAACCUCAUAUAUAUAUUUGUUGUACUAACUUUCUCCUGCUCUAUGAUGUCACCUCUGCCAACCUCACUGGACAAACAGUUGAUUUUAUUUUUCCAUUCUCAUAGAUUUGACUUACUUUGUACUUUGACUUCAUGAUAGCAAUUAAGAUGAAACAUCAAUUCUUGGUCAAUGAAGCGAUAGGAUAUAUCACCAGACAAAGUAUCGCAAUACUACGCUGUAUCAAUUCUUUCUCCCACCCCUUUGAUUGAACAUCUUUUAAGUCCCACUCUGAUCUUUUUUUUUUGAACACUUGAAGUGUUCUCAGUGGUCUUUAAGUUGUGACUAUAAGUUUUUAGCCAAAAUCACGUUACCUGUGUCAUUUUCAAGGGUUUUUCCUCUGCAGAGCUCCAGUAGCUCAUUAGCAAUUCACUUCUGAGUCGUUGGUGGAGACAGCGCUGCUUUGCUCAUUCGUCUUCAUGCUAGCUUGCAGCCUAACAUUGCUGGUGUAAUAGAAGUGGCAGGUAACAUAGGAGCUAUUCAGCUCUCAGACACUAAUGUCUUUAGGGACAUGAUGAAAGUUAAUAUUAUAAUUAGCUUUCUUGAGAGCAUUGCAAUCCGCUAAUGCACACGCUUGUACCACGAUCAUCCUCUCUACUUUUUAGAGUCUGGCUUGCAUAGUGGGGCUCUGGGGGCGGAGCUUGGAUUUGUGACAUAGGAAAUCUCACUAAAUCUGAAACUGCCGUUUGGGUCUGCCAGAGAUGCACAGCGAUUUGAAUCCAGAAAUACUCAGAAAUGCAGUUUCCCACUUAGUUUUCUCAUGAUAUAUUCUGUAACAUCAGAAAAAUACCAUAUAAACAUGUAAAAAAAACAAGAAAACACGAUUUUCAUCGGAGUGGGUCUUUAAGUAAUGUCAGUAAUCAAUAAUUAAAGCCAUUUUGCACCAUUUUAGAACACAGCUGCUCCUUUUUCCUCUCGUUCAUAUUUGUAAUAUGGUUCUGUAACCUGAGCAGACUUGCACGUGUGCACAGUCCCAUACAGCUGGUAGAGAAAUGCAGGUUGAUGGUAAACAAGAGGAAAGAAAAAGCAACCAUUGCAACCACUCACGUUGCAUUUGAAUCUCCUGCACCAACCGUGUUGAUUCCACAGAAAUUGUGCUCAAGACUAACUCUUUGCAUUUUUGUGGCUCUCUAGGAGAAAGAAAACAGAUUAGUGUAAUCAGUAAAGGCCCACUUCUGAAUCCCAGAGACACGGAUCAGAUCCUCGCUGAGUUUCUGCGUUUGCCUCAGUAAUGUUGUUUUCAUUUCAUAACCCGCCUCAGGCAUAACGAAGCUGCAACCUCUCAGUGAAAGUAACACCCAGUCUCUAUAUCUUCAGCACUAAAGCAGCCACCAGGAGGCCAGCAGAGAGGAAGCCCUCCAACUCAGAUCAAACUGGCCAUGUAAAUGGGGACUUACAUCAACAGGGCCUUUUUGAACUUCCAUACAAACAAACCGUUAAUGAGCUGCCCGGGGCCUGCAGGGCUCCCUGUGGAAAGGGACCAGCUCCACACUUAGCUCCUGUUGGCCUGGUACUGGAAACUCAAGUCCUCCCUUUUCCCCCUCCAAUUCAAGAAAGAGACCCUCUUGGUUUUCAGGAAAAAAAAAAAGUUUUAAAAAGGAGCAUUUGGCUGGUGUAGCAGCAGCAGCCGUUGGUAGUUUUUGGAGGGUUUUGAGAUGAAAUCUGAUGACGGAGAAGAAGGAGGUCUUUGAUAUUGACCGUGAGGUUUGUAAGCCCCGGGGCAGCUGUUAUGAGUCGGAUAUGUUUGUUUUAACGCAGCCCAAAGGACGCUGUGGAGAGUAAACCACCGGCAGCAGCAGCAGCAGAUUAUUUGAAACCUAUGCUGCUUCCAGUUAGCUCGUUAACUAACUCAGUCCUCUUCGUUAGAUUUUGACUAUUACUCAACCGUGAAAUCUGAAUCUGAGGCCUAGGAGUGGUUGAGACUCAACACUUAUAAUGACGCUCCCCUCAGGAAUGACGGAUAAGCCAGAUCUCAGUGACAAAUCUGGACGCUGCAGAUCGAGGUCAAAGCUGGAAAGGUUUCCAGAUUUUUGUUGUCACAUAAAAAGUGAUGAACGGUGCCGCCAGGAAACAUAUUUAAUCAUUUGUCAAACACAUUUCACAUAAACUGCAAUUAUUACAUCUGAUAUUUGGAAAUAUAUCUGAUUCGAGUGCAUGUGUGAUGUUUGAGUUUGCAAUCAAACCAUAGACUGUAUAUAGAAUCGAUGUUGCCUGCCUCCUUGCUGGGUGAAGCCACCGCGAGAACAGCACCCUCUGGUGACGGGCUGCAGUAUAGGUCAUAAAUCCCGCCUCCUCCAGCAAUCCCUAUGGAGCUGUGGACAAACUUCAGAAAUUUAUUUCACAGAAUAUACAUUUUUCUCCCCCCGGUUGCGAUGUUGACAUGUAAUUACUGUAAGACUGGUUUGUGCUCAAGUCCUUUUUUUUCUGUACAGCUCCAUUUUUAAAAUUUAUUAGGGGGUUCAUGUUUUCUAUGAUUGGCACCUGAUUCAGCCUAUGGGUGUACAGAAGGUGAAACCAAGUUGUCCAAAGUAUAUACAGUCUAUGAAUCAAACAUGAUGUUUUAAUAUGUUUUCUGAAUCCCCUUUUUUGCAGACCUUUCCACGAUGGAGGAGAGGUUGCAGAAGCGUGAGUACGUCAAGCUGACAGAGUUUGUGGCGGACAUGACCAAAAUCUUUGACAACUGCCGCUACUACAACCCCAGUGACUCACCCUUUUACCAGUGUGCGGAGAUUCUGGAGAACUUCUUUGUCCAUAAACUCAAAGGCUUCAAAGCCAGCAGGUAAGAAGAGGAAGACUCUGAUAAUGAACUGAUGAUGAGGAGAGGAAACACAAGCAGGUGACUCCGACAAAAGUUGCUUCCAGGGUCAUAUACCCUCAUGAGAAAUAAGUCAGAAACUCCAUCAUUAGUGACUCCAGCUGUGCUGCUAUGGAGCCGACUCUGACCUCUGACCCCUCUGGUGGUGGAGUAGACAUAGUCCCUCCAACGAGACCAAUAAAAUGCAACUACAUGCAAUGUAAAAUACUUUUCCAUGCCUGGGGGCUUUUUUUGACUUCCUCUCUUUGAAUUCUUAUCAUGUCACCAUCUUGUGUUCCCUCGAAAUGUUUACUGUGUUUAAAAUAACUUCUCUUUAUUGCACAGUCAUGACUGAAUGCCCACACAGCCAGCAGGUUUCAGGAACAAGCAGCAUGAAACACUGACACUGAUAAACCUCCUUCACCAAAACAGUUGUACAGACAAACAUUUCAGGCUCUGUGUAGGAAGUAUGAGCUUUACUGUUUCAUGUUGCUGUUGUCUUCAUCCAGCUGCAUUUUCACCCAGUGUGAAAUAAGACCACUUGCUGUGGGCAUGUUAUAAAUACACAGUUACUGCUUAAAGGGACAUUCCGGAGUAAAUUUAAGUUAUGGUCAACCACACCGUAACAUCGAGUUAGAUACCCCCUCGAGAGAUAAAUGUUGCCGACUGCUUGCUUCUCUAGUUAUACCAACUUUAGUAACGACCGCACGAUAGCAAUACACAGUGAUCUACGCCUCCACGUGCAAACCUCAACCACGGUGUGUUUGACCCUAGCUUUACGCUGGAAUAUCCCUUUAAUGGCAUGUAUUGGAGUAAUUAAAUUUUGACCAUUUAACCAGUCCUUUAAACUGUGUUUGAUUUGUUUUUACAUCGUUGUUUCUGCCUGUGCUGUAGUUUGUAUUGAUCUAGUCUUUGUUUGUUGAAUGAGGAUCGGUUCAUAAGCCUUGGUAACUCCACUAUCUUCCUCACCUCGAUGCAUCGCCAUGGCUGUGUGAUGGAUUUGCUUUGCUUGGAUGCAAACUACAAGAUCUUAACCACAGGUUUAUGUACAAAUACACAACACAGUUGUUUAAGAUGAUCAAAAAAUAGUGUCUGAACAUUCAGUCUGAACUCCUCGGAAAUCUUUCUAAUUAACUAAGAAGUUUGUCAUGUGAUGUGAACAGAUUCUUGAUAACAGGGUCAGUGUUUCCGCCUCAUCCAGCUCAUCAUCUGUAAAAGGACAGACCUGACCUCUGUGAGGAUGAGAGUGAAGAUGCGAACAAAGAUGCAAAACAAGUGACACCUGCACAGAGCUGCAAACCUUUGUUUGCAUACUCGCUAGGGCUGGGCAAUAUGGCCUGAAAUCAAUAUCAUGAUAUAUUGAGCAGUUCACCUCGAUAACGAUAAAUUUGUCUCCUUCGUCCAAAACCAACCUUUAUUUAUUUAUUUAUUUAUUGGACACCAAAUAAACCGAUAUGGGCAAAAUGAUUAGUGUUGUAAAUUUCAGUAUCGGUAAAUUUUCGGUAUAUCGCCCAGCCCUAAUACUCCCGUCAGGAUAUUGAAUAGCGCAGCAUGAAUCAGUCCUUUAGGCCAAGCGGAUAGUGUAAAUGAUGCACAGUUCUCAUUCGAUUCAUACUCAAGUCUUGUUGUUUGCAUCCAGUGUUAUGUGGCUUUAACAGUGACAUGCUUCACCUGCGUGUAUUUACACCAUCCAUUCUCUUUUUCCCUUUCUCUCUCCCUCUGUCUUUCUCUCUCUCUCUCUCUGUCCCUCCCUCUCUCUCUGUCUCUCUCUCUUUUUCAGAUUGUGAUGUCAGACUCCUGGGUGCCGGGUCACUUUAAAACAAACAAAAACAACAAUUCUCAUCCCUCUAAUUGGGCUGUUUUUACUUGUCAAAAAAAACAGCCUCAAAAACUUGUAAAAAGAAAAAAAAGUGCAUAUAAUGAUCCACACUUUUUAUUUUUGGAACAAAAGAAAAAAAACGUUUCUACUGGCUAAUUAUGGCAGCCAUGUUGGUAACACACAGCAUUCAAGGGAAAAAGUAUUUUCUUACACCUGUUGCCACAGAUGACGGACGUUUUGUCGAGGUUUGAAAAGAUCAUGAAGUAGCUAAGUUUGUUCUCGUUUUUUGAGAGUCAGUUUUGUAAAAAAUAAAGUAAAAAUAAAUAAAAUAACUUUAAGCUACUGCUUGAUUGUGAAAUUGGACUUAGGUACAACACAAAUUAAACUUCUUUUGAAUUGGACAAAACAGUUGGUUAUCCUCCCGGUAAUAACAUGCUGCAGCCGAAACAUUUUUACCUCAUUUCUUAGCCAAGAAUUCAAAAAAAGCAUGUUACAUGUAUUAGUUUAUUUUUAUUGGCUCUACCCAUGUAUAUUGUUAUUUUAUGUGUAUAAUAUAUCUUUUUUGUGAAGGACUAUUUUUAUGUUAUAAAGUAAAUACUGGUAGGCUUGUAAAGAUAGAUUUGAGAAAACUGUAGUUAAACUCUCCACUUUGAGUACGUCUUUGUAAAUACACUGUUGGGCUGACAACACAAAAAACAAUUGGAUCAAACUUCACCAACAUGGCUGCUGGAGCUCUGUCAAAUUGUCUGACCCACUGGCAUCCUAUCAUUUGUUUCUGUUUUCCUUUUUUUUUUUUUGUAUUUUUCACUAGUGCAUAUUUUGUCAUAUUGUAAAGCUUUUAAUAAAAAAAAAAAAGAAAUGAGAUAUUUUUCCAACUGUUUUUCUUCCUCCUCUUUUUACCCCGUCUCUUUAGGUCUCAUAACAACAAACUACAAUCAUCAGCCUCUUAG